AUGGAGAAAGGGAUGGAGAAAGGGAUGGAGAGGGGGGUGGAGAGAGGGAUGGAGAGGGGGGUGGAGAGAGGGAUGGAGUGGAAGGUGGAGAGAGGGAUGGAGGGGAAGGUGGAGAGAGGGAUGGAGGGGAAGGUGGAGAGAGGGAUGGAGAGGGGGAUGGAGAGAGAGGGGGACAUAAGAAGGAAAAUAGAUUUGUGCCUCACAGCGUAAACACAAGCACAAGCUGACAUAGAAUGUGAUUGCAAAGAGGUUCUGCAGUCAUUUCCAUUUCUAGGAAUAUAUGAAAACAUAGGAUAGGACAUAUACACGCACACACACACACACACAAGCACAAUCAUGCGCAAACACGAGCUUUGAUUGACCCAUUCUACCCCCCUCCCCCUCAGACAAUCACGUUAAGAAGCACACAUUGAAGAUCAUAGAUGCACUUACUAAUCCAUUUCAGAGACUGAUGGAGACUGGGGGAGGCGGGCAGCUGGAGACGUUAUCCUCAGUAUUCUGCUCACAUAUGGCCCACAUAAAAGUAGCAGAAACAUCCAACGUAUCAAUCAACAGCUGUGAAAUCCCAUAACAAAAUGGCCGAAAGACCUAGAAUGAAAAUCGGAGCAUAAACAUGCUGAACAUUUGCCAGCAAGUUGGCACGGGCACUCAGAGCUGCAACAUAAGGCUUCGCAUGUGAAAACAUCCUACAUGUAGUAUAAUAUUGGUUUGUUACAGGGGAAUCUUGACUCAGCGACAUAAGUCUUCCUCCAUCAACUCACAGAACAGAGGGUGGGGUCUAAGAUGACAAGGUGUUAAAUACAUAGAUCAUAAUACCUCUCAGGCUACCCCUUAGUUACUGUAGGUCAGAAUGAGAUAAUAGAAAAAUCCCUAAAAUGUUGGAACUGAUCAUGCGUAUCAGAUGUGUUUAUCUUUAAAAUAAACAUGUCCAAUAUACACUCAUUGGCCGGUUUAUUAGGUACACCCAUUUAGUACCGGGUCGGACCCACCCGUUGUCUCCAGAACAGCCUGAAUUCUUCGGGGCAUUCUACAAGGUGUCGUAAAUGUUCCACAGGGAUGUUGGUCCAUGCUAACGCGAUGGCAUCAUGCAGAUUGGACGGCGGUACAUUCAUGCUGCGAACAGCCCGUUCCAUCUCAUCCCAAAGAUGCUCUUUUGGGUUGAGGUCUGGGGACUGCGCAGGCCAUUUAAGAAAACUGCACUUGUUGUCAUGUUCCAGGCAAUGUUUUUCCACUCCUCAAUUGUCCAGUGUUGGUGAUCGUGUGCCCACUGGAGCGGCUUCUUUUUGUUUUUAGCUGAUAGGAGUGGAACCAGGUGUGGUCGUCUGCUGCAAUAGCCCAUCCGUGACCAUGGUCAACGAGUUGUGCGUUCCGACAUGCCGUUCUGCACACCACUGUUGUACUGCGCCAUUAUUUGUCUGUUUGUGUCCCGCCUGUUAGCUUGCACAAUUCUUGCCAUUUUCCUUCGACCUCUCUCUCUUUUCGCCCACAGGAUUGCCGCUGACUGGAUGUUUUUUUGUUUGUUGCACCAUUCUCUGUAAACCCUAGACACUGUCGUGCGUGAAAAGCUCAGCAGGGAGGCCGUUUCUGAGAUACUGGAUUAGGUGCGCCUGGCACCAAUGACCAUACCACGCUCAAAGUCACUUAGGUCACUCGUUUUGCCCAUUCAAACGUUAAAUCGAACAGUAACUGAAUGCUUUGAUGGCUGUCUGCCUGCUUUAUAUAGCAAGCCAUGGCCACGUGACUCACUUUCUGUAGGAGCGAUCAAUUUUCAUGAGCUAGGUGAUGUACCUAAUAAACUGGCCAGUGAGUGUAUAUUUCUACUUCCUGUUUGACAUGAAUCAGAAAUAUGUUUCAGUACUCAUGUGUGCGCAAUAAAUAUUUAUAGAUUUUCAAUUGUACAAAUGAAUUGGACAAAUGAUAUCUUCGUAAUAGCAGCUUAUCAAACACAUUACCUGAGACUGAAUGAAAAUACACACACUGCAUAGUGUUAGUUUUAUGCUGGCGAGACCUCAGCCUGGACACAUCAUCCAUACAUUACUGAGGAAGAGAUAGAGCGAGGAGAGGGAGAGUGGGAGAAAGGAGCAGCUUACACUCCCUCCCACUGGGAUUGCACACAGUAGAUCAAAGGAGAGAGGGAGAGACCCUGGAGGGAGAGAAGGAGAGAGGGAGAGAGAGAGAGAUGGGUCACAGGGAGAAACAGGAAGGAGAUAGUGUCACACCCUGACUUACUCUUGUAUGUUGAGUCAGGUUGUGGAGAUCUAUGUUGUUAUUUAUAUGUUCUCAUUCUAGGUUGUGUGUUUCUAUGUUUGGCCGGGUGUGAUUCCAAUCAGAGGCACCUGUCGCUCGUUGUCUCUGAUUGGGGAUCAUACUUAAGUAGCCUGUUGGCAAUCAGUUGUUGUGGGAUCUUGUUCCGUGUAGAGGCUUGUAUUUGUGUUUAGCCUGAGGACUUCAUGUUACGUUGUUUUUGUUCGUGUGUUUAUCUUUAAAAUAAACAUGUAUGCAUUUCAAGCUGCGCCUUGGUCUGACCUGUCCUUCAACGAGCGUGACAGAUAGAGGGGAGUGGUAUAGAGGUAGAGAGAGAUGGGUAGGGAAGAGAACCAAAGAGCAGAGGAAAAUGUCUUCUACACUCUUAUAAAAAAGGGUUUCCAUAGGAGAACCCUUUUUGGUUCCAUGUAGAACCCUCUGUAGAAAGAGUUCUACAUGUAACCAAAAAGGGUUCUUCAAAGGGUUUUCCUAUGAGGACAGCCGAAGAACCCUUUUAGGUUCUAAAUAGCACCUUUUUUUAAAAGAGUGUACUGUGGGAAGUAAAUAUUGCAUAUGAUUAGUGUGUGGGUGGAGGUGAGUAGGCACACUGUAUAGAAUCAAUAUAAUACCUGUCCUCAAGGCGGAGACUGCAUGCUGGACUACAGUACUAGGCAGCCAUGUUAGAAUCUCCCUGUCUGGCUGAUCAUGGUGGCAGAGGUGAACACCGCUUUCACAGAGGCUUUAGAAGUCAGACAGCGUGCAGGGAUAAAGCCAGCAUGUUCUCUGCUAUGGAUAGCUGCCAAACUCCUAGUGAGGGGGAGGCUCACCAGUUUGGACUGUCAGCCAUUUUUAGACUCUCAGACAGCAGAAUACUGAGUAGUUUCGAAGAGUAGACUGAUAUUGAAGAAUGUCUCUGACCUACUAUUAUGGAUCAUGGAUGACCAAGGAGCUGUUACACUGUUAUGUGUAUGUUUAAAAAAAAAUCUGUAAAUUAAUUUGGUUAAUGUGAACAGUUUUGUCUCGUAUUAACACUGGAAUGUUCAACCAGACUGUAAUUUUAUGUCUCUCUCUCUUCUUCUCCUCUCUCUCUCUCUCUCUCUCUCUCUCUCUCUCUCUCUCUCUUUGUCUUUGUCACUGUCUAUCUCUGUUUGUGUUCUCUUCCCCUCCAGGCGGAUGCUACCACCAGUUUCCUCCGUGCGGCCCGUUCAGGGAACCUGGACAAGGCUCUGGACCACAUCAAGAAUGGAAUAGACAUCAACACAUCCAAUCAGGUACAUCAGAGAUCCCUCACACUGCCCAAGGUCACUGUCUGGUACACAGGGACUCCGGACAAGAGAGUUUAUGUGUUGUCCUAUAAAACAUUUAUUUCAUCAGACUUUAUUAAGAUGAAAUUAUAGAUGUGGUUUUUAUAGAUGACAUUUGUUUUAGGCCAAACACAGUCAUUAACAGUCAAGUCUAGCCUAGAUAAACGUGUAGUUUCAAGGUUCAUUGUCUCAGUUUGUGUGUGGGUGUGUGUGCAUGCGUGUGUGUGUGUGUGUGCGCAUGCAUAACCAUGUCACCACAUUGCCGCCUGUGUUCCUGUCUCAUGCCACUCCAGCCAUGUUUACUGUGGCACUAAUGCCAGUCAUUCACAACCUUAAUGAAAAAAUGUUUAUAAUGAGCCGUAUAGCCAGACCCUCUCUCUUCUCCUCCCUGCUCCUCUCCUCUCCUCAAUCUGUCCCAUAGCACCCUGUUGCAUCAUGAGUAGCACAAUGUUUAAAUAACAUCAUCAUGUAAAGAAUAGCUGAACAUGUAUUUUUUGUUUCUGACUCAUCUCGUAUGGCAAGUUUUGUAACACAUACAGAACAUUUGUGUUACAGCCUAUUUGUGGGUGAACGCUAGCUCAAGUGGAAUUGAAUUUGUUAUGUACACUGCUCAAAAAAAUUAAGGGAACACUUAAACAACACAAUGUAACUCCAAGUCAAUCACACUUCUGUGAAAUCAAACUGUCCACUUAGGAAGCAACACUGAUUGACAAUACAUUUCACAUGCUGUUGUGCAAAUGGAAUAGACAACAGGUGGAAAUUAUAGGCAAUUAGCAAGACACCCCCAAUAAAGGACUGGUUUUGCAGGUGGUGACCACAGACCACUUCUCAGUUACUAUGCUUCCUGGCUGAUGUUUUGGUCACUUUUGAAUGCUGGUGGUGCUUUCACUCUUGUGGUAGCAUGAGACGGAGUCUACAACCCACACAAGUGGCUCAGGUAGUGCAGCUCAUCCAGGAUGGCACAUCAAUGCGAGCUGUGGCAAGAAGGUUUGCUGUGUCUGUCAGCGUAGUGGCCAGAGCAUGGAGGCGCUACCAGGAGACAGGCCAGUACAUCAGGAGACGUGGAGGAGGCCGUAGGAGGGCAACAACCCAGCAGCAGGACUGUUACCUCCGCCUUUGUGCAAGGAGGAGCACUGCCAGAGCCCUGCAAAAUGACCUCCAGCAGGCCACAAAUGUGCAUGUGUCUGCUCAAACGGUCAGAAACAGACUCCAUGAGCAUGGUAUGAGGGCCCGACGUCCACAGGUGGCGGUUGUGCUUACAGCCCAACACCGUGCAGGACGUUUGGCAUUUGCCAGAGAACACCAAGAUUGGCAAAUUCGCCACUGGCGCCCUGUGCUCUUCACAGAUGAAAGCAGGUUCACACUGAGCACAUGUGACAGCCGUGACUGUCUGGAGAAGCCGUGGAGAACGUUUUGCUGCCUGCAACAUCCUCCAGCAUGUCCAGUUUGGCGGUGGGUCAGUCAUGGUGUGGGGUGGCAUUUCUUUGGGGGGCCGCACAGCCCUCCAUGUGCUCGCCAGAGGUAGCCUGACUGCCAUUAGGUACCGAGAUGAGAUCCUCAGACCCCUUGUGAGACCAUAUGCUGGUGCGGUUGGCCCUGGGUUCCUCCUAAUGCAAGACAAUGCUAGACCUCAUGUGGCUGGAGUGUGUCAGCAGUUCCCGCAAGAGGAAGGCAUUGAUGCUAUGGACUGGCCCGCCCGUUCCCCAGACCUGAAUCCAAUUGAGCACAUAUGGGACAUCAUGUCUCGCUCCAUCCACCAACGCCACGUUGCACCACAGACUGUCCAGGAGUUGGCGGAUGCUUUAGUCCAGGUCUGGGAGCAGAUCCCUCAGGAGACCAUCCGCCACCUCAUAAGGAGCAUGCCCAGGCAUUGUAGGGAGGUCAUACAGGCACGUGGAGGCCACACACACUACUGAGCCUCAUUUUGACUUGUUUUAAGGACAUUACAUCAAAGUUGGAUCAGCCUGUAGUGUGGUUUUCCACUUUAAUUUUGAGGGUGACUCCAAAUCCAGACCUCCAUGGGUUGAUACAUUUGAUUUCCAUUGAUAAUUUCUGUGUGAUUUUGUUGUCAGCACAUUCAACUAUGUAAAGAAAUAAGUAUUUAAUAAGAUUAUUUCAUUCAUUCAGAUCUAGGAUGUGUUAUUUUAGUGUUCCCUUUAUUUUUUUGAGCAGUGUAUUUUUCAUCAGUACUUUGGUGAAUGGAAGGGAGUUCAGUUUGUACACUUAACCACUGGCAGGGAGCCCAUGCUUAGGGCAGCUUGGGGAAUGCACACCCACUCUGGACGCCUACAGCCUGCAGCAUGCUACUGCAACCCCUCAGCACCAUUCACAGAAACAACCAUGGCACCAAGCUGUCAAUAUUAUAAAACUAAUAGCACUAUCGCUACACCAGAUAAUACUGCCACUAUAAUCAUGCCACUACUGGCUAAGGCUAGGAUCAGAGGUAGAGCUAUCAUACAAAUGAGGAUGUAUGCUUUAGUGUGCCUUCAUUGCACAUGCUGCAUGUGUGUAUACAGUGCAUUCGGAAAGUAUUCAGACCACUUCCCUUCUUCCAUAUUCUGUUAUGUUACAGUCUUAUUCUAAAAUGGAUUAAAUAUUUUUUCCCCUCAUCAAUCUACUAACAAUACUCCAUAAUGACAAAGCAAAAACAGUUUUUAAGAAUUUUUUGCAAAUGUAUUAAAAAUAAAAAAACAGAUACCUGAUAAGUAUUCAGACCCUUUGCCAUGAGACUCGAAAUUGAGCUCAGGUGCAUUGAUCAUCCUUGAGAUGUUUCUACAACUUCAUUGGAGUCCACCUGUGGUAAAUUCAAUUGAUUGGACAUGAUUUGGAAAGGCACACACCUGUCUAUAUAAGGUCUCACAGUUGACAGUGCAUGUCAGAGCAAAAGCCAAGCCAUGAGGUCGAAAUAAUUGUCCGUAGAGCUCCAAGACAGGAUUGUCUCGAGGCACAGAUCUGGGGAAGGGUACCAAAAAAUGUCUGCAAGCAUUGAAGGUCCCCAAGAACACAGUGGCCUCCAUCAUUCUUAAAUGGAAUAAGUUUGGAACCACCAAGACUCUUCCUAGAGCUGGCCACCCAGCCAAACUGAGCAAUCGGGGGAGAAGGGCCUUGGUCAGGGAGGUGACCAAGAACCCGAUGGUCACUCUGACGGAACCCCAGAGUUCCUCUGUGUAGAUGGGAGAACCUGCCAGAAGGACAACCAUCUCUGCAGCACUCCACCAAUCAGGCCUUUAUGGUAGAGUGGCCAGACGGAAGCCACUCCUCAGUAAAAGGCACGUGACAGCCCGUUUGGAGUUUGCCAAAAGGCACCUAAAGGACUCUCAAACCAUGAGAAACAAGAUUCUCUGGUCUGAUGAAACCAAGAUUGAACUCUUUGGCCUGAAUGCCAAGCGUCACGUCUGGAGGGAACCUGGCACCAUCCCUACGGUGAAGCAUGGUGGUGGCAGCAUCAUGCUGUGGGGAUGUUUUUCAGCGGCAGGGACUGGGAGACUAGUCAGGAUCGAGGGAAAGCUGAACGGAGCAAAGUACAGAGAGAUCCUUGAUGAAAACCUGCUUCAGAGCGCUCAGGACCUCAGACUGGGGCAAAGGUUCACCUUCCAACAGGACAACGACCCUAAGCACACAGCCAAGACAACGUAGGAGUGGCUUCGGGACAAGUCUCUGAAUGUCCUUGAGUGGCUCAGCCAGAGCACGGACUUGAACCCGAUCGAACAUCUCUGGAGAGACCUGAAAUAGCUGUGCAGUGACGCUCCCCAUCCAACCUGACAGAGCUUGAGAGGAUCUGCAGAGAGGAAUGGGAGAAACUCCCCAACUACAGGUGUGCCAAGCUUGUAGAGUCAUUCCCAAGAAGACUUGAGGCUGUAAUCACUGCCAAGGUACUUCAACAAAGUACUGAGUAAAGGGUCUGAAUACUUAUGUAAAUGUGAUAUUUAUGUUUUACAUUUUUUAUAAAUUUUCAACAAUUUGCUUUGUCAUUAUGGGGUAUUGUGUGUAGAUUGAUGAGGGAUAAAAACAAUCCAUUUUAGAAUAAGGCUGUAACAUAACAAAAUGUGGAAAAAGUCAAGGGGUCUGAAUACUUUCCGAAUGCACUGUAUGUGGGUAUGUGACGUGUGUAUGUAAACAUAGAAAGGAAAAUGCCACACACUGCUGCUCAUGCUCCCAGCAUGAGCAGCAGUGUGCAGCGUUUUCCUUUCUGUUUUUCAUGAAUUUGUCUAUAACUCCAGCGCCUACGAGAAGUACCUGGAUGUGCGUAUGUUCUUCAGCUUUUGUGUAUGUAAACAUACACAUUUUCUAUGUUUUCUAAUGUGUUAAAAUUAAGGUUGAAGUAGAGCAUAUAGCUAUGAUAAAUGUUGGAGCUACUGCUACAGAAAGUUAUAUGAUUCAGGGUUUUAUAUGUCAGUCUGCCAACCUGCCCCUGCCCUAUCUACAAACCAGCAGACUCCAGCCAGUGCACACAAACGCAAUGGUGAUUCACACACUUGUGUGUUUGUCUCCCCCGUGUGUGUAUUAUCCACGUGAAUUGAGUGACACUGCAGUAUGAGGGCAGUGGAGGGACCAGUGUGGUUUUCAGAGUCUCCCUGUGGCCAGUCACGGUACUGCAGUCAGGCAGAGCAGAGACAGGCACAGACUGUACUGUUAGUCUGUCUGAUUCUUCAGCUGUACACCAGUGGUGGUCGGUGCCAUUUAAGAUGAGGGAGGACGAUUUUUUUUUCAUGACCAUGGCCUUAUCAUUUUUACAUUUACAUUUGAGUCAUUUAGCAGACGCUCUUAUCCAGAGCGACUUACAGUUAGUUAAUACAUAUUUUUUUAUACUGGCCCCCCGUGGGAAUCGAACCCACAACCCUGGCGUUGCCAACGCCAUGCUCUAUCAACUGAGCUACAUCCCUGCCGGCCAUUCCCUCCACUACCCUGGACGACGCUGGGCCAAUUGUGCGCCUUAUCACUCAUUCAUAUUCCAUUCACACUGUUCAAUGUAACAGCGAUAGGUUUAGGCUACUACAUGAUACUCAACAUUUUCUUAUACCCAUCAUGAGGUUGCUACAACCUAGCCUAGGAAUGAAAGUUUACAACAUAGGUGCACACAGGUCGAGAGACAAAUUUGAGGUGACAGACAGUGACAUUCAAUACUACCUUGCACACUCUUGCCUGCAUCUAGCUGAUAUAGGGUGUAAUAAUUCGUCCAAGAGUUGCAAACGAGAGUUUCUAUUGGACAAAUUCAGGUAUGUUUAUCCCCGUUUUGUUCUGUUUGCUUCCAUUUAAGAAACGUUUUUCAACAGAAUCGGCGGAAUGAAUACACCCCUGAUCACGCGUAAACAGAGUUCACUCUCAUAACAGCCACAUUGUAUUCCUUCUCUUCCCUUCGCUUGUGGACUUCAAUGCACCAGGCGAAAAAACUUUUCCAAGCCAAACCGCUACACACAGCCUACAUCGUUGUCUCCAUAUUAGCUAAAGUAAUGUCAUAGUCAGUAUAGCUAAUAGAACUAAUGCGUUAGUAAACCCGCUACAAUCAUGCAGUAAUGUUAGUGUACCCGGUGGCAAUAAAUUAGUAAUACCAAAAGCUUACCAUGACUUGGAAGAGUUCCAGUGUUGUGUUGGAAAGUCAUAGCCACCUAGCUAACAUAGCAUCCCUCUGUUUGAGCAGGGUGUUUCAGUGGGCUAAACUAGCUAGCUGUAUUUGCUAGCUAAUUAAUUGAAAUUGAAUGUAAAAAAAGACAAUCUCUCUCUCUCUAUUUCUCUCUUGCUUCUCCUUCAUUCUUCAUUCAACUAUUGUCUUUCUCUCUCUUUGGGUCAACUACUCACCACAUUUUAUACACUGCAGUGCUAGCUAGCUGUAGUUUAUGCUUUCAGUACUAGAUUAAUUAUCUGAUCCUUUGAUUGGGUGGACAACAUGUCAGUUCAUGCUGCAAGAUCUCUGAUAGGCUGGAGGAUGUCAUAAUUACUGUGUAAGUCUAUGGAAGGGGGUGAGAACCAUGAGCCUCCUAGGUUUUGUAUUGAAGUCAAUGUACCCAGAGGAGGACGGAAGCUAGCUGUCCUCCGGCUACACCAUGCUGUGUUGAGGCAACUGUAGACCUUCUUUGCAAAAUAGUGUGUUUUAAUCAGUUAUUUGGUGACGUGAUUAUAUUUAGUAUAGUUUUAUCUAAAAAUGAUAACCUUGUAAAUGUUUAAAAAAAUAUAUUUUUAUGAAAUUCACUGAGGAGGAUGGUCCUCCCCUUCCUCCUCUGAGGAGCCUCCACUGCUGUACACCCAGACAGCCCUGAAAUAAAUCCAUGCUGUCUGCUUCCUUUUGAGACCCGACUGAAACAGUCUUAAGGUUGUUUAUGUUUGGAAAUAUUUUUGUGCUGCUUCUGUAACCACUGUGGGUUUUGAGUUUCUCUGCUUGUUAUUCUUAGUAUAUCUACUGCUCGGAAAUCCAUGUUAUAGAUGGAAUAAAAGGCAAACAGAUUCUAUUGGAGAUCGCUCUGUAGGCUGACGAUUUGGUCUGAUGGUUCUGUGUGGUCACUGCUGAUUUCCACUGCUGUCUCUGCAGAAUGGGCUCAACGGUUUGCAUCUGGCCUCUAAAGAAGGCCACGUCAAGAUGGUGCUGGGGCUACUACACGCAGGCAUUGUCCUGGAGACCACCACUAAGGUACUACUCACACACUGCUCACUGCUUACCAUGACUCUACUCACAUACCACAGAUGCAUAAUAAUAAUAAUAAUAAUAUGCCAUUUAGCAGACGCUUUUAUCCAAAGCGACUUACAGUCAUGCGUGCAUACAUUUUUUUUUUGUAUAUGGGUGGUCCCGGGGUUCGACCCCACUACCUUGGCGUUACAAGCGCCGUGCUCUACCAGCUGAGCUACAGAGGACCACUGCAUAGGACCUACCUCUGACUUCUGAUUGAGAUAUUCACCAGCUAGCUAUAUAACAGACUGUUUACAGACAUGAUCCACUACAUGUAUAAUAAGCUUAUACGCAUGCUUAUGACUUAUUCACCUCAUUUGAUUGGCCUGUAAACAUAUAUCUAAUUUAGUCUAGCACAUAUCUAUCUAAUAAGUCAUAACUCAUUAUUUCUGAGCACUGUAUCAUUAAUGAAGCUUUUUAAAUAGAGAUUUGGGUCAUUAGGCUGCUCUCUGCUCCCUCUGUCUGUGUGGUGUGUGUGUGUGUGUGUGUGUGUGUGUGUGUGUGUGUGUGUGUGUGUGUGUGUACAUAACCAUGUCACCACAUUGUUCCCUGUGUUCCUGUGUCAUGCUACUCCAGCCGUGUUUACUGUGGCACUAACCUUAAUGAAAACAUGUGUGUGUUUAUGUAUGUGUGUCUGUCACCUCCAGAAAGGGAACACUGCCCUCCAUAUCGCUGCGUUGGCAGGCCAGGAGAGAGUGGUGGCUGAGCUCGUCAACUAUGGAGCCAACGUCAAUUCCCAGUCACAGGUGAGUCAUCAGGGACAUUAUACUGCACAUUACCGUUACCGGGGGGGUUGUGUAUAUGUACGUCUGUUCAUGUGUGUUGCUGGUAACCAUGCGCCAUAUGUGCCUCUUCCUUACAGAAAGGCUUCAGUCCCCUCUACAUGGCUGCACAAGAGAACCACUUAGAUGUAGUCAAGUUCCUGCUAGAGAACGGAGCCAAUCAGAGCCUUCCAACAGAGGUGAGCGAAAGCCCUCAGAGCAAACAGACAUCUAGUUGUUUCUCAGAUGUGUAUUGGAUUCAUUCCAAUAGACAAUGCUACAUUCACUUUCUCUCAUCUUUCUAUUACAGUCAUCUCAAUUUACAUUGUCUCAAAUUUGCCCCAUCUUCAUUUUCUUUCUCUCUCUCUUCCUCUACUUACCCUUCUCUCACCCCCUCCAUUAUCAUUUGGCUUGUAUCUCCUUUCAUCCCCUCCCUCUUUUCCUCCACUCCCUUGCCCUCUCUCGUUGACCUUCCAUACCUUCUUCUCCCUCCCCUCCUCCACUUUCCCCCUUCUUACCUUAUUGCCACCUCUCCCUCUGACCUUCCCUCUCCCCCUUUCCUCCUUUUUACCCGGGCCACCCCUCCCUCUAUCCCUUCUUCUCCCUCCCCCUCUCUCACCCUGUCUGUCAGGAUGGGUUCACGCCGCUGGCUGUGGCUCUUCAGCAGGGUCAUGAGAACGUGGUGGCCCUGCUCAUCAACUACGGCACAAAGGGCAAGGUCCGUCUGCCCGCCCUGCACAUCGCUGCACGCAACGACGACACACGCACUGCUGCAGUGCUGCUGCAGAACGACCCUAACCCCGACGUCCUCAGCAAGGUACUACUCACUGUGUGUGUGUGACUGUGAUGACUCAUUAAGCCUUAAAAUGCUGAUGUCGUUAGCUGAAGUCAUCAGUCAUAACACUGUUGUGUUGACUUGCAGAAAAACAAUAGCAACAAAAGUGAUUACAUGAAUAAACAAAAAAGCUGCCAACAAAAGCUGCCUGCAAACAUGGAUUAUGAUAAUAAGAUUUGUUUUUAUCUCUCUCGCUCUCUCUCUGUCUCUUUCUGUCUAUUUAUCUCUCUCUUUCUUUCUAUCUCUCUGUUUCUCACUCUGCCUCUCUGAUUCUCUCCCUCUAUCUUUGUCUGUCUGUAGACUGGCUUCACUCCUCUCCACAUUGCGGCUCACUAUGAAAACCUGAGUGUGGCCCAACUGCUAAUAAACAGAGGAGCCAAUGUCAACUUUACACCCAAGGUCAGUCCAUUAACCCUCACCGCUACUGUACUUAUCUGCCUUAACCAUGACAUCGGUAACAUAGUCCCUCAAAGACCCCAUUUUCUAACAGGAGAGUCUUUGAUUAAAUUGAUUUAGAAAUUGUUCUUCCCCCUCUCUCAGAAUGGUAUCACCCCUCUGCACAUAGCCUCCAGGAGGGGUAAUGCGAUCAUGGUUCGACUUUUGCUGGACAGAGGGGCCCAGAUAGAUGCCAUGACCAAGGUACUGUAACCCUACACUUUCUCCUCCUCCUCUUUCUGCCAUUUGACUUGAAAGCUUUUUGACCCUACCUGGCUCCUUCCAUCUAUUUAGGAUGAGCUGACCCCUCUGCACUGUGCGGCCAGGAACGGUCAUGUGAGGAUCAUCGAUCUCCUGCUGGACCAGGGGGCUCCCAUCCAGGCCAAGACCAAGGUCAGCCAGAGGCCUCUCGUGGCCCACUCUGUGGAAGAUAAAGGGCCAUACUUUAUGGCCACUUUGGCACAAUAUCACAACCUUAAGGCCACUUUGGCACGUAAUCACACUCACUUGCAAUUUCAGAAGUAACCAAUGCCAAAUGAUCCUCUGCCAACUAAGCUGAUGAGUCACUUAUUUCAGUAUUAUGAAUUUAUAGAUGCUUUCUCCUCUCAAAGGUCUUACACUGCUCUUCUCUCUGUUUCUCUUUCAUUCCCUUUAUAUCUUUCUUUCCUAUCUCCCUAUCCUCCCUCUCUCCCCUCCAGAAUGGCCUGUCCCCCAUCCACAUGGCGGCCCAGGGAGAUCAUAUGGACUGUGUGAGGCAGCUUCUCCAGUACAACGCUGAGAUUGAUGACAUCACGCUGGACCACCUGACCCCUCUACACGUGGCGGCCCACUGUGGUCACCACCGCAUGGCCAAAGUGCUGCUGGACAAGGGGGCCAAGGCCAAUGCACGUGCCUUGGUCAGCAGCUCUUCUAAGUGUAUACUUCUAUUUCUGUAUACUGGUGCUUAGUGUGUGAGGUGUACUGUAGCUGUCCAUUGGUCAGGUUUACUGAGCUUUUAGAACUGGGUUGCGUACAGUAGGCACAAAGAGUAGAAAAGAUUAUGAAAUAUGAACGAGCGUUGUUAUCGGACAAGUUCAGGCAGUACCAUAUCUGAAUGCUUUCUCCCAUUUUGUGCAUACUAAACCCAACUAAAUUUUCGGACUAUGUUCCUAUUGUGUUCAGAAUGGGUUCACUCCCCUCCACAUUGCCUGUAAGAAGAACCACAUGCGCUCCAUGGACCUGCUGCUGAAACACUCUGCCUCCCUGGAGGCCGUCACAGAGGUGAGAUAACACUCUUUUGAAGAGCAAUGGGACUUAAUGGGGUUCUCAGGACAAGCUGUACUUUUUGUUAUUGUUGCAAUUGUUGGGUGUCCAUUGUGUCAUUACAAAAGAUUUGAAAGUGUAAAUGUAAGCCUAAUUGAGAUGGAAUAUUAUAAAACAUUAACCCUUAACCCUUCUCUCUCUUCACAUGCCCCCUGUGUCUCUCUCCCAUUAGUCUGGUCUGACCCCCCUUCAUGUAGCAGCCUUCAUGGGGCACCUUAACAUUGUGAAGAACCUGCUCCAUAGAGGAGCUUCUCCCAAUGCCUCCAAUGUGGUGAGAGACCCCCCUUUAUAACCUUUAUUCUUGACGGGUGAAAUUUCCAUCACACUCUGAUUGACUAGUAGUAACUAGGGCUGUCAAAGUUAACGCGUUAAUAACGCAUUAAUGCUUAAAUUUGUUAUGGCGUACAUUUUUUUAACACCAUUAACGGAUUUACUUAGUUUGACCCCCUGAACUAUCCAUAUUUCAAAUUCAAGCCCUGGCAGAGGAUGCCCUAGUUUUUCAACCACUUUACUAGCUAGCUACGUGUAUGAAUGAAUGAUGGAGAAUGCUAGUAAGGGGCUUUUAAAUGGCAAAUUCAAUUUCAAAUCACUCCCAGAUGGCUCUCUGGAUAAAACCAAAGUAAUUUGCAUCUACUGCAAGGCUGAAUUUGUUUAUCACCGAAGUACAUCGAGUCUUCGCUAUCACUUACAAGUGAAACAUACUGUAGCGACCCGCACAGACAGCUGUGUGUUAUGUGUUAGGCUAGUAGAUGGUUGUGUUGUACCUACCAGUACCCAGUGUUCGCGGGGUCCGACAUGUCAAUCAACCUGCUAUCUGCCAAUCACGGGAAUGCCUGGAAAGUUCUGAUGCCGGGCAUCCUGGCGGUUGGCGGAGUGGCGUGGAGGGGGGUUGGGCAGGGGGAUGGAGCAUUGGAAGUUAAGACCAGGUUUAGCCUUUGUUCUCUCUCUUUACGUCUGGGCUUCACAAGAGAAGGUCACGAUUGGCUUGUGGGUUAUCUUUCAUUUAUUUGGCGUGGGCUACGGCCAAACAGUAGCCUGUGUAAAGUUGGUUUAAUAAACCGUCCAUUCGUAAACUCAAUCCUCUGUCUGGACAGUUGUUCUUUUAUGAUCUAGUCAGGUCAUUACAUUGGUGUCAGAAGUAAAAACGUUGAUAAAAGUUAGCCAGCUAGCUAGCUGACUUCUGUGGCUAGCUACCGUAGGUGAGAAUGGGGAUUGAAGAUGCUACGAGGGAUUCCGAAAGUGAAGGUGGAGGUAGGGGACGAUUAUGGCCAAGGAGGUGCGUGUGCAUGGACGUCGGGGGUUCUGGCUGAGGAGAUCGCCAGGGCAUCGGAGCCCAGAGGCCGCUUGAGGGAGGACGUUAGAGUGAUGGCGGCUGAAGCGGGCAUGAGUGCUUCGUCGACUGUGUUUCGCGCGGAUUCUGGUGGGCGGACCGAAGGGGUGACGUCGACGCGGCGGGACGAAGAAUCUGGGGCUCAGGAUGUAAACAAACAUGGCGGCGCCCAGUUCCCGGCUGCGUCCGUAUCUGUUAAGACCCCGAAGUAUUCCGGUAAGGCGGAUUGGGAAGCUUUUCAUGCUCAGUUUGAACUGUUAGCUCAUUUUAGGGGGUGGUCGGAUGAAGAUAGGGCACUGCAGUUGGCUUUAUGCCUCACUGAUGAAGCUCUGGCCUGUUUGAUAUUGAUUAGCCCCGAGGACAGACGUGAUUAUGGUGCUUUAGUGGGAGCACUGAGGAGGCGCUAUGGACAGUGUGUACAGCCCGGGCUACUGCGCUCCGAACUGAGUAAUAGACGCAGGCAGCCUGGAGAGCCUCUACGGGUGCUAGCUAAUGACAUUGAGAGCCUCUCUCGGCGGGCAUAUGCUCACAUGCCCCCCUCCGUGCAGAGCGAGCUAGCACGGGACCAGUUCAUACAGGCGCUCUCUCCUACGGAGCUGCGCAUACAGACCCAGCUGGCUCAUCCUGAGUCAUUGCAGGUAGCCUUGGAGAUGGCUUUGGAGAGGGAGCUGGUGUGGGCUGGGGCUUCAGCUGGGGCUUUGGUGGGGGUGCAGGGAGACAGACCCUCUGUGCGAGCUGGGGGGCAGAGCAGCCCGGAGCCGGAAAAGCCUGCAUGGGUUGCUGAAAUGACAGAACUCAUUUGUGCUGUGUCGCUACAGGCGGCACGAAACACACGCCCUGGUCCCAGGGUCUGCUGGGGUUGUGGCCAGCCAGGCCAUCUGCGCCGAGAUUGCCCCAUGUCCCCCAGAGCUCAGGGAAACGGCUCGGGGUCCGCAUAGACCGGGUAGUGCGGACCCCUGGCUUUCUAUCCCAACCACCAUCUUCUUCAGGAGGAGCCCACCGGCACAGACGGGGAAGCAAGGCUCCACUUCCCCCAGAAGCAGACGAGGGCAAGCGGAUGGAGCCUGUUGUUGUGGUGGGCCGGACCUGUGUUGGGGACUUUUGUCAUGUCCCUGUCACUGUGGAGGGGGUGCCCUGCUCCGCCCUGGUGGACACUGGGUCCACAGUAACCCUGGUGAGGCCAGAUAUUGUGCCAGGUUGGACUCAGUGUGAGCCUACAACUGUGCAGCUCCGCACAGUCACAGGUGAGCUGGCACCCAUGAAAGGGAAGGGAAUAAUGACUCUGACAGUAGGGGGCAGGACUGUGCGUCAUCCUGUGUGGGUGGCGGCUGUGCAGGACCCUUGUAUCCUGGGGUUGGACUUUCUUAGGAGCACAGGCUGCCAGUUAGACCUAAAUAGGGGCACACUGAGCUUCCAGGGAGGGCCGGAGGUCACCAUGGCCCCUAAUGUCACAUUCACUCAACCCAACAAACCCUUUACUCCAACAGUUAAAGCAGCAGAGACUCAUGGCUGCCCCCCGUCCCCCACAUCUGGGUGUGACUUUUCCCCAGCUCCCCUGUCACCUACGGCGUUGUGUUACAUUCCCCCAGCUACCUCCACGACACAGCCCUCUGUGAGCCCGGGCCGCGCCCCCCCAGCCCAGCUACCCCAGAUGGGAGGGGAGAGGACACUGUCUGCAGUGAGAGAGAUAUGGGGGAGGAACUGUGUUGGUCUUGACCCCGAGCAGCAGGAACGGUUGAGGCAGUUGCUGUUUGAAUUCAGAGACAGCUUUGCGCUGAGUAAGGAAGAGGUGGGUCAGACUCAUCUGGUGCAGCAUGAGAUCGACACAGGUGAUGCUCGACCUAUCAAGAUGCGUCCCCGCCGUAUCCCGCUGGCACGCCAGGAGGCGGCAGACAAGGCUGUGUUGGAGAUGCAGCGGGCAGACUUCAUUGAGCCCUCAGACAGCCCCUGGGCGGCGCCAGUCGUCAUGGUUCCGAAGAAGGGGGGCAAGCUGAGGUUCUGUGCGGACUACAGGCGGCUGAAUGAGGUAACCAGGAAGGACUCAUACCCCAUACCACGUAUCGAUGAGUCGCUGGACCUGGUUAGGGGGUCCUCCUGGUUCUCCUCACUAGACCUCCGCAGUGGCUACUGGCAGGUGCCCCUCUCCCCAGAGGCCAGAGCCAAAACUGCGUUCUCCACUAACAGAGGACACUGGCAGUUCAAGGUCCUGUGUUUUGGCCUGUGCAACGCUCCAGCUACUUUUGAGCGUUUGAUGGACAGGGUGCUGGAUGGCAUACCCCGACAGCAGUGUCUGGUAUACCUCGAUGACAUCCUGGCCCAUGGCAGCUCCUUCCAGUCAGCCCUGGGGGCGCUACGGUGUGUGCUGGAGAGGGUGGCUGCCGCAGGUCUGAAGCUCCACCCCGAGAAGUGCCACUUCAUGAGGAGAGAGGUGUCCUUCUUGGGCCACCGAGUGGGGAAGGAGGGGAUCAGCACCAUGGAGGACAAGGUAGCGGCUGUCAGAGACUGGCCCACCCCCACCGACCAGCGUCAGCUGAAGAGCUUCCUGGGCCUGGCCUCGUACUACAGGAGGUUUGUACGGGGCUUCUCAAGCGUUACUGCUCCACUGAACCGCCUGCUGCCGAAGGACAAGGCUUUCACUUGGACAGUGGAGUGUGAGGAGGCGUUCAACACCCUCAAACGUGCACUGAUCGAGGCCCCCGUGCUCGCCCCCCCUGACCUCACAUUGCCCUUUAUCCUGGACACAGACGCGAGCAAUGUGGGCAUGGGUGGGGUGCUGGCCCAGGUGGGGCCAGAGGGGGAGAGAGCGGUGGCGUACUUCAGCAAAACAUUUGACAAACAUGAGCGCCGCUACUGUGUCACCCGGCGGGAGCUCUUGGCUGUUGUGGCUUCCGUCAAACACUUCAAGUACUACCUGGGUGGUCUGCCCUUUACUGUAAGGACUGACCACUCUGCUCUCCAGUGGCUCAUGUCUUUCAGAGAGCCAGAGGGGCAGGUGGCACGCUGGUUGGAGGAGCUUCAGCCGUAUGACUUCACGGUGGUGCACAGGGCAGGGGCACGCCACUCCAAUGCCGACGCCAUGUCCCGUCGGCCCUGUACUGCAGACGGCUGCCGCCACUGUGAACGGAGAGAGGGACGGGAGAGAGAGCUGUGUGCAGAGGAGGGGGUCUGUGCCACAGUGUGUCGGGCGAGCGGGCCUGUCUGCUGUGAGCUGCAGACUGUCGACGUGGCUGGAUGGGGGCAGCAGCAGGGACGGGACACAGACCUACAGCCAGUGCUACAGUGGGUAGAGGCGCAGGUGAGGCCACCAUGGGAAGAGGUGACAGCGCUCUCACUCGCGACCAAAGGGUUGUGGUCAAAGUUUGAGCGACUGCGGCUGGCUGAUGGCGUGUUACAGCGGGCAUGGAAGGAGUCAGCUACGGGGGAGGAAAGGUGGCAGGUGGUGGUCCCAAAAGCAUUGCGGGAGGCUGUGCUCCAGAGUACUCAUGGGGGGGUGGGGACUGGACACUUUGGGGUCACAAAAACACUGCGCCGCCUCCGUAGGGCUUUACGGGGGCGCACAAGAGGGAUGUUGGAGGACGUUUGCCGCCGCUGUGCAGACAGGAACCCGCACAGACGACUGUUGUUAUGUGUUGUGAGCUAGUCCUAAGAAGAUGUGUGUUCGCACCAUGUGUACCUCCAUACCACCCAGCUGUUUCGCAGGGUCGACCGCAUGUCAAUCCACCUUGCUAUGCACGCUGCCCUCCCAUGCUGGGGAGAGAUCCGUACCCUGCGGAAUGCGUUUGGUCGCCCCUGGAGCCCUAUGUUCUGAUUGCCGGAGACUCCACCGCCUGAGACCCCACACCUCGCAGAGACAGCUGCUGAUGCAGGUGUGAGGCAGAAGGGAACUAUGACGUGCACACCGGGAGGCACUUGUGCUGGGGAGUGGUCUGGGUCUACAGCCCCUAGGAAAAAGGGCAGGCCCCAAUGGCAGUCACUGUUGGGACCUGCAGGUCCUGGAGAGGGAAGGUUGUUACCGGGUGCAGCUUUCCGGGGAGAAAGGUACGCGGGACAGUAGCCCCAUAUAGAGGGCUCUUCUCCCCAAACCCCAGGAACCCCACAAUUCCCUCUGGCAUGACAUUCUCCAGGCACCCACCCCAGGUCUCACAGGCUCCAGACAGCCACUCCCCUGUUUCACGCGUGGUCCCCAGAGCCCGACUGUAUUACCCGUUCCCGCUUCCUUGUCCCCCAUGUCUUGCCUUCAUCCCGUUUCAGAGGGUACUCUGCGUCACACGCCACGCGUGCAAUGGAACCUCCGGUCGCUUCAGACUUUGUUUGUCCCUCGGGAUGAGGGACUUUGUGGUGGGGGGCGUGUAGCGACCCGCACAAACAGCUGGUGUUAUGUGUUGUAGUAGAUGGUUGUGUUGUACCUACCAUACCCACCGUGCAAUCACCUGCUAUCUGCAUCAAGGGAAUGCCUGUGUUCUGAUGCCGGCAUCCUGCGUUGGCGGAGUCGUGGAGGGGGUGGGCAGGGGGCUGGAGCAUUGGAAGUUAAGACAGGUUUUAUGUCCCUCUUUACGUUGGGCUUCACAGAAAGGUCACGAUUGGCUGGGGUUAUCUUCUUUUUGGCGUGGCUACGCCAAACAGUACUGUGUAAAGUUGGUUUAAUUAAACCGUCCAUUCGUAACUCAAUCCUCUGUCUGACGUUUUUCUUUUAUGAUCUAGUCAGGUCAUUACAUACUGUUGACGUGUCACGAUCGUUGAGAGACGGGUCAGACCAAGGUGCAGCGUGGUAUGCAUACAUAUUUAUUAAUGAAGAUAAACACUUGACAAAACAACAAAAGCAACGUAACGUGAAGUCCUAUUGGCUAUACUCACAACAAGCCAAACCAGGACACAAACAAGAUCCCACAACUAAGGUAGGCAACAUGGCUACCUAAGUAUGAUCCCCAAUCAGAGACAACGAUCGACAGCUGCCUCUGAUUGGGAACCACACCCGGCCAACAUAGAAAUACACUCACAUAGAAUGUCCACAUAGAAAUUCCCACACAUAGAUAUUCACACCCUGACUCACCAACUAGCCAACUCUAUGUCAGGGCGUGACAUGACGCCGGCAAUACAAGUAACGUUACUAGUAGCAAUGGAGGACAUCUUCGGCAGGCUAAGCUAGAAGAGUGUGCGCGCAGGAGGCCUAUGGACAUGUCGACGAGCAGCAAGCUAACACAAGCAAUCGCCAAGUGGAUAGCUACAGCUUGCAGGCCAGUCCACAUUGUGGAGGACAAAGGCUUGAGGGAUAUCAUUCGGAUAGCAUCGAACGUCUUAACGUAUGAGUUACCCUCGAGAGCCACAGUCGUUACAAGAAUACACAAGCUGUAUGAAAGCGAGGGCUACGAAAGCGGAGGAGUUGAAACAUGAAACCGGUGUUGCUUGAAACUACUGGACUUCGGUCAGUAACCACAACUACCUUGGGGUUACUGCGCACCACAUCGAUGAAAACUGGAAACUGCAUUCACAGGCUCUGGCCGUAAUGAAGACAGAAGAGAGACACUAUGCUGAAAUGUGCGCUGGGCAUUUCAUGGAUCUAGCAAAGCAGUGGAACAUUGAAAACAAAGUUACCACAGUUUACACAGACAGUGCACGGAACAUGAUUGCAGCUGCGAGACAUCUGCCUUUUGAACACCUGCCCUGCACCGCGCACAGUCUCCAAAGGUCCAUCACAGUGUCCCUACAGAACAGCGGUUCGACAAUGCCCAAGCCAAAUGCCAAAUUUUGGGGGGGCAUUUUAAACAAAGCCCACCAAACGCUGCAGAGCUAGGACAACAGCAAGUUGCAAAUGGGCAAAAGAAGGAGUCACUCACACAAGAUGUCACAACAAGAUGGAAUUCUACUCUGGAAAUGGUAAAGCGUGUCCACAGAAACCAACAACCACUGAGAGAUGCUCUGGCCCAACAUAAAACUAACAUCACCAUGCCAACCACAGCUGAACUGGAGGCACUACUGGAGCCCUGCAGGUAAUAUUCUUUAUCUCAUUAUUAGUGUUGUAAUACGAUUAUGUGUGUGUGUGUGUGUGCGUGCGGGUGUAUGUGUGAGAGAGCUAGUGUGUAAAGUGUCUGUGUGAGAGAGAGUGUGUGUGUGUGUGGGAGCGAGAGUGUGUGUAGAGAGAGAGAGAGAGAGAGAGAGAGCCUGUGUCUAACAACUCUCUCACAAUUGACUGAAGUGAUUUUAAAUAUUAUUUCACUGCAGGUACUUGACUGAACUUCUGGGAGGAGAGAAGUUUAUUUCCUGCUCAGUGGUGUUGCCUGCUUUGUGUCAUCUCCUUUGGGUGAUGGAGAGCUCCGAUGAUGACCCUGCCUAAAUGGUAAGAUUCAAGCUGACAUUCACAACAGACCUGGAGAAACGCAAGGAAAACACCAACCUCACAUGGCUGAAGAUCACCACAGCACUCAACCCAAGGUUUAAGGACCUGAAGUGCCUUGCCAGACAUGAGAGGGGUGAGGUGUGGGCUUUGGUCAGCAACUUGCUGAAGGAAGAGAGGCCUGCACAGCGACCUGAUAAAGCAACAGUCAGAGCCACCAAAGAAGAAAGCUGCCCUUUUGUUGAGUUCUUCUGAGUCUGACUCUGAUGAAGAGGAGGAGUCCAUUGAGAAAUGUGUGGAGCGUUACAAAGCAGAGCCCAGCAUCAACAUGGAGGACUGUCCACUACAGUGGUGGUCACAGCAUGCAGGGGCACACACCAGGCUGGCCUGCAUUGCACAAAGGUACAUGGCAACGCCUGCCACAUCAGUACCUUGUGAGAGGUUGUUUUCACUCUCUGGGCAUAUCGUACAGAAGAGAGAGCAGCUUUAUCAUCUGAAAAUGUCAACAGGCUUGUUUGUCUUUGCAACUGGCUCAGUGAAAAGAAAUAGGAGGACGACUGAAGUGUAUGGUCACAGGUGUAUGUUCUGUUGAAUUCCUGACAUUAUUGGACAGGUUUAUGCUAUUUGUAUCCAUAGAGCCAGUGUUUUUUUCUUAUAGCCAACCCUCCAAUCAGUAAUUGGGAGAACAAUCAUUUGGAAUGGCUGAAGCUUUAACUGUGUGUGUGUGUGUGAGAGAGAGAAUGUAUGAGGGAGCAUUAGUAAGUUACAGGACUUUUGUAUUGCUUAACUUGUUUAUGGUGAAUUUGCCAUUAAAAACAUUCUGAUACAGAAUAUGUGUUGUGUUUUAGUCCCUACAUGCCUAAAACUCAAUACACUGCUUUAUUUGAAAUGAAACAAAUGUUUAUUUAGCACCAAAUCUGAGCAAAUAAAAAUGUUGCGAUUAAUCGCGAUUAACUACAGAAUUGAAUGCGAUUAAUCGUAAUUCAUUUUUUUAAUUGUUUGACAGCCCUAGUAGUAACUUAACUUAUUCUUAUGUUGAAAUGUUGAAAUGAACACCGGCAAAGGUUAUGGUAGAUGGAUUGGUAUCUGGUCCAUGCAUUAAUAGUAAUUUUGACUAAGGCCUGUUCUCUGUGUGUAUAAAGUGAUAUUUUAGUCAAUGUGUAUUAUCGAUAUUACAUAGCAUAGUCAUGUAUUUAAUGGCAGGGUGGUUGUGACAGGCUAUGUGACCUCUGACCUGUGUUUGUGUAACAGAAAGUGGAGACGCCCCUCCACAUGGCGUCCAGGGCAGGCCACUGUGAGGUGGCACUGUUCCUGUUGCAGAACACAGCACAGGUGGAUGCCAAGGCUAAGGUACUGUACACACUGUCAUACAACCAUACAUACUGUACACAUCUACUGUAUAUACAUCAUAAUGUUUUAAAACAAACUCUGUCCUGGGUGGAAUACACAUUCAAAACCACCACCACAUCUUGUUUUUCUUCAGCUACCAUCUACAACAGCAUAUACUGCACAAAUACCUCACUGUUACUGCUCGCUAAAUACAAUUGUCUACACGUAUAUCAUUCCAACCUCUGUUUCUCCUUACUCUCACUCUUUCUCUCCAUCCCUGUCUCUCUAGAUGACCAGACCCCUCUGCUCCUGUGCAGCUCGAUGGGACAUAAGGAGUGUCACAGAUGCUCUUGGAGCACAAAGCAAUUCCCGAUCGUACCACCUGGCCACACCCCUUACCAUCGCCGCCCGCGAGGGACAGCGCCCUACACCCGCAUCUCGUGGACAGGGGCGCAACAACCAGAUGACAAAGGUUCUCUUAAUUUCUGACUGUCUUUCUUCCUCACUCUCUCUCUCUCGUCCUCUCUUCUGGUACACUCCUCUCCUCAUCUCCUCUGGGGUCUGUCCCAACUACUCUCGAGCUCUGUCUCUCUAUUCUGCGUUCUUCACUCUUCUCUUCUGUCUCUCUCUCUCUCGUCAUCUCUCUCUCUCUGUGCUCUGUCUCUCAUCUCUCUCUCUCUCUCUCUCUGUCUCUCAUCUCUCUCUUCUCUCUCUCUCUACUCCUACUCUCUCUCUCUCCUCUCUCUCCUCUUCUCUCUCUCUCAUCUCUCUCUCUCUCUCUCUGUUCUCUCUCGCUCUCUCUCUCUCUUCUCUGUUCUCAUCUCUCUGUCUCUCUCUCUCUCUCUCUCUGUCUCUCUCACUCUCUCGCUUUCUCAUUCUCUCUAACCCCUUUUUCUCUCUCAAGCUCAUUCAAUCUCACUCCUAAUCCUUUCACACCUGACCUCUUUUAGUUCUUCUGCUCAUGCUGAAUCUGUGUUUGUGUGUCCAAGCAGAAAGGCUUCACUCCUCUCCAUGUGGCCUGUAAGUAUGGCAAGGUGGACGUGGUCGAGCUGCUGCUGGAGAGAGGAGCCAACCCCAAUGCGGCUGGAAAGGUAUGAAGAACACACUGCAACACAGCAUGGACUGUCCUGUGCUUUUUAUCAGUGUUAGGCAUACUUCUCAGUGCUGUGACCCACCUAAAGCUUAUAGAACUUUCCUGUGACCCAAGUAACAAAUAAACCUAAUAUUCUUAACACUGACCGUCUUUAAUCACAGCCCAAAAGGAAUCAGUGUGUCCCACCGUUUUAGAAACUUUAUGCGCCCACAAAGGCAGGCUGAUAUUCUGUUGUUUCGAUAGCUAGUGACAGUAGGUGUGUGUGUGUGUGUCCCCAAGCAGAACGGCCUGACUCCUCUACACGUGGCCGUCCAUCACAACAACCUGGACGUGGUCAAGCUGCUGGUCAGCAAGGGAGGCAAUGCACACAGCACUGCCUGGGUAAGCAGAACGAUGUAACACACACCACACGUAGUACUAUACUGUAUAUCCCCCCCUUUCAGGAUCAUUGUACAGUAUGAUAAAUAUGACCCACCCAUUGAUGAUCAAGUGUAUUGCCCCUGCUGACUCCCUGUGUCUGUCUAUAGAAUGGCUACACUCCCCUGCACAUUGCAGCCAAGCAGAACCAGGUGGAGGUGGCCGGCUGCCUGCUGCAGUACGGAGCCUAUGCCAACGCUGAGUCCCUCCAGGGGGUCACGCCCCUCCACCUGGCCUCCCAGGAGGGCCAGCCGGACAUGGUGGCCCUGCUCAUCUCCAAACAGGCCAACGUCAACCUGGGGAACAAGGUACUGGACCAGAGAGAGGAACAAUUAAUCUCUGACCUCAGCAGGGUUUGAGGCAAGCUUUCAGUGAUAGCUAGCUAGUUACACAGGGUUUGAUUGACCUAUGGUAAGAUAAAGUGCUGAGGGCCACAGGGCAUGAUGUUUUUAUCACUGUGUCAAACCGGUUACUGUAAUUACUUACUAUUAUAAACUGGGUGGUUUGAGCCCUGAAUGCUGAUUGGCUGAAAGCCGUGGUAUAUCAGACCGUAUACCAUGGGUAUGAGAAAACAUGUAUUUUUACUGCUCUAAUUACGUUGGUAACCAGCUUAUAAUAACAAUUAGGCACCUCAGGGGUUUGUGAUAUAUGGCCAAUAUACCACGGCUAAGGGUGUGGGGGCUAGCACUCCAUGUUGCUUGUGCAUAAGAACAGCCCUUAGCCGUGAUAUACAGUGGGGGAAAAAAGUAUUUAGUCAGCCACCAAUUGUGCAAGUUCUCCCAUUUAAAAAGUUUGAGAGGGGCCUGUAAUUUUCAUCAUGGGUACACGUCAACUAUGACAGACAAAAUGAGAAAAGAUAAUCCAGAAAAUCAACAAUGUAGGAUUUUAAUGAAUUAUUUGCAAAUUAUGGUGGAAAAAAUAAGUAUUUGGUCAAUAAAAAAAAAGGGUUCUCAAUAUUUUGUUAUAUCCAUUUGUUGGCAAUGCCCACAGGUCAACGUUUUCUGUAAGUCUUCAAAAGGUUUUCACACACUGUUGCUGGUAUUUGGCCCAUUCCCCCAUGCAGAUCUCCUUAGAGCAGUGAUGUUUUGGGGCUGUCGCGGGGCAACACGGACUUUCAACUCCCUCCAAAGAUUUUCUAUGGGGUUGAGAUCUGGAGACUGGCUAGGCCACACCAGGACCUUGAAAUGCUUCUUACGAAGCCACUCCUUCGUUGCCCGGGCGGUGUGUUUGGGAUCAUUGUCAUGCUGAAAGACCCAGCCACGUUUCAUCUUCAAUGCCCUUGCUGAUGGAAGGAGGUUUUCACUCAAAAUCUCACGAUACAUGGCCCCAUUCAUUCUUUCCUUUUCACGGAUCAGUCGUCCUGGUCCUUUUGCAGAAAAACAGCCCCAAAGCAUGAUGCUUCCACCCCCAUGCUUCACAGUAGGUAUGGUGUUCUUUGGAUGCAACUCAGCAUUCUUUGUCCUCCAAACACGACGAGUUGAGUUUUUACCAAAAAGUUAUAUUUUGGUUUCAUCUGACCAUAUGACAUUCUCCCAAUCCUCUUCUGGAUCAUCCAAAUGCACUCUAGCAAACUUCAGACGGGCCUGGACAUGUACUGGCUUAAGCAGGGGGACACGUCUGGCACUGCAGGAUUUGACUCCCUGGCGGCGUAGUGUGUUACUGAUGGUAGGCUUUGUUACUUUGGUCCCAGCUCUCUGCAGGUCAUUCACUAGGUCCCCCCGUGUGGUUCUGGGAUUUUUUAUCACCGUUCUUGUGAUCAUUUUGACCCCACGGGGUGAGAUCUUGCGUGGAGCCCCAGAUCGAGGGAGAUUAUCAGUGGUCUUGUAUGUCUUCCAUUUCCUAAUAAUUGCUCCCACAGUUGAUUUCUUCAAACCAAGCAGCUUACCUAUUGCAGAUUCAGUCUUCCCAGCCUGGUGCAGGUCUACAAUUUUGUUUCUGGUGUCCUUUGACAGCUCUUUGGUCUUGGCCAUAGUGGAGUUUGGACUGUGACUGUUUGAGGUUGUGGACAGGUGUCUUUUAUACUGAUUACAAGUUCAAACAGGUGCCAUUAAUACAGGUAACGAGUGGAGGACAGAGGAGCCUCUUAAAGAAGAAGUUACAGGUCUGUGAGAGCUAGAAAUCUUGCUGUUUUAGGUGACCAAAUACUUAUUUUACCAUAAUUUGCAAUAAAUCCCUGAUUUCUGGAAAAAUAUUUCAUUUCGUAUAGUUGACGUGUGCUAUGAUGAAAUACAGGCCUCUCUCAUCAUUUAAGGGGAAAUUGACAAUGGUGCGCUAAACUUUUUCCCCACUGUAUGGGCCAUAUACCCUACACCCUUGGGCCUCAUUGCUUAAGUAUAGCAGGCAUCUGGGGGGUCAUAUUUGGACGGUCCACUGUGACUCAUACUGACGCAGAGCGUGGUUAUGAACAGACUACCAGCAGCCUACUGUAUUCGCUCCUGUUCACCCUGUUCUCUCAGAUGGACUGACCCCUCUGCAUCUAGUGGCCCAGGAAGGUCACGUUGGGAUAGCAGAUACCCUGGUCAAACAGGGGGCAUCAGUGUACGCAGGCUCACGGGUAAAGCAUGCAUAUGAUAUCAACCACACACCUCAUAAUAGAGUAUAAAAACAGAAUAGUGUAAUGUAGACUUGUCUUACAUUCAGUAGAGUGGGGUUCAGUAUAAGCAGCAUAAUGCACCACACACUAUGAUGGCAUGCCAUAUCCAAUACUUUCAUACAUCAUGCACACUCUCAAAUUCAAAUAUAUUUUACUGCCAGGACUGUUCAAGGUACAACAGAGCCACCAAGCUGUUUAUAAUGAGGUAAUAAUGAGGCCAUUGAAACACUGCCAACUCUCACUAUUUUCUCUCUGUCUCUCUCCCUCCCUCGCUCUCUCUUUCAGAUGGGCUACACAGCGCUUCAUGUGGCCUGUCACUAUGGCAACAUCAAGAUGGUGAAGUUCCUCCUUCAGCAGCAGGCUCAUGUGAACAGCAAGACCAGAGUGAGACGCUGCUGCUACACUCCUCCUUACACAUGGCCUCUGUUAGUGUGGCUCUGCCCUGCCUCACGUCACUUACGAUUUCAGGCUCCUCUCACAUCACUCCAAUUACAUUAGAUUGGUCAUGGAAUUUAUAUUGAAUAACGCCUUGUCUAUGUCAGCAAUCUUGCAUUUACUGUGACACUCUCUCUCUCUCUCUCUCUCUCUCUCUCUCUCUCUCUCUCUCUAUGCUCCCCCUCUCCACCCCCUUCUCUAGGUGGGCUACACUCCCCUGCACCAGGCCGCCCAGCAGGGUCAUACUGACAUUGUUACCCUGCUGCUCAAACACGGAGCCCAGCCCAACGAGAUCACCACUGUAAACACAUCCUUCUUCCUUUUCCUCAUCCCUCCAUUACACCCUUCUCCUCUAGAUCUGUUUUUCCUUUUCUCUUCUUUUCUUCUUCACAUUUUCCCCUUAUUUGCUUUCCUCUACUCUCCUUCAUCAUGCUUACAUCUACAGGCUUCUUCUGGUGUCUGAUCUGUGUAUCUCCUGUCUGUCUCUGUUCUCUGUGAUAGAAUGGGACUUCUCCUCUGGGCAUCGCCAAGCGUCUGGGUUACAUCUCUGUCAUUGAUGUGCUGAAGUUGGUCACAGAGGAGGCCGUUUCCGUGGUGAGCAGCGCUUCACAUGGUUACUAGUGUGUUUGUGUAUUCUGUGAAACUCUGACCUACAGUCCAAUAACAUGUCAGAUAAUAGCACUCAUUUCUCUCUCCUUCUCUUGACUUUUCCCAGAUCACCACAGAGAAACAUCGGAUGAGUUUCCCUGAGACAGUGGAUGAGAUAUUGGACGUUUCAGAGGAUGAGGGUAGGUUGGUGCACUCCAGAGACACAUUUAUUCUUAGCUCGUAAGGCUUUCUGUCAGAAAUAGUACUUCUGUGUCUUGUGAUUUGGUUGUGAUUGUCAGCCCAGGUUGGCAGAGGACCGAAGACUAGAGAAAAAGGUCAAGCACUGCCAUGAGACUGAACCUAAAUGACUAGCCUAAACAAUGCCCUUUUCCAUUUGUUUUGUAGGCAUUGCGGCGCUAACAUUAGGUAGGACUGUGUCCGUCUCUCUGUUUUGUUCGGUCGUCCGGUGGCUCGUGAAAUUGUGCCUUCAUUGCAAGCACUUUCUCAUUCUCUAUCAAUCUCUCUUUAUAACCCUCUCACUUUCUCAUUAAUCUUUCCUGCUAUCCUUUCUCUUCCUUCCUCCCUCUCUCUUCCUCUCUCUUUUCUCUCUUUUCUCUCUCUCUCUCUCUUCUUCUAUGCUCAAUGUAGCAACAAUGUCAGUGUUUUAUUGGCAUGUGAUGUGGUCAUGACAUUUUCCUUUACCAUUCUGCCACUGAGGGAUCCAGUCCCGCAGUGCUUAACUCCAGCUGAGAAGCACUCAAGGAACAGCAAAAACACAAUGACUUUGUGUAUACCCCUCUGUAACGGCUUGUAGUAAUAAUAACCUUUUCCAGUAACCAAGGCAUUCCCUCCAUACAGAAAUCCAAUCUCUAACGGGUAUGCGCACUAAAGCUGUAACCGGGUGCCAUGCUGUGUCCCAUGCAGUUGUUUUUUCCAUUGGUCUCCAUUGGCUCUGGUUGUUGUCGGCUUGACUUCAUUGCUUGGAUCAAUCUGAAACUGCUUGGCGAUGUUACUAUAUGUGGUAGUGGAUGGAUGGUGGGAAGCAGUGGGUAGUGGUAUUGUGGCUAAUAUGACAGUGUAGACUUUCUAUUGAGUUGUUUCUCUCUCUCUCUCCCUCUUUCUUUUCUUUCUCUCUCUCUCUUUCUUCUCUCUCUCUCUCUCUCUCUCUCUCUCUCUCUCUCUCUCUCUCUCUCUCUCUCUCUCUCUCUCUCUCUCUUUCUCUGUACUUUCUUCUCCCUUGGUUUUUGUUCCCUCUCUAUCUACAUUUCUCGGACGUCCUUCUGUGCUCUGCAGGUGAUGAGUUGCUGGGGAUGGAUGGUGCCCGCUACCUGAAGCUUGACGACCUCAAGGACCAGGAUGAUGAUUUCCUGUCCCCUAAGAAGACCCUGAGAGACUUUGAGGGUGGACUGGGCACCACGUAAGUGACAGCCCCAGGGUCGGACUGAACACGUUGUGCGUCAGAGUCCAGUCAUCUGAGGAAAUGUCCUGAAAUGUGAGGGACAUUAUUUUCCACCAUAUUACUCUUUGGCCCACUCACUUGUUUUAUCUCUUUCUUUCUUUUUUGGUGUAGGCCAUACUCUCCUGCUAUUCCCAGAAUCCCAUGCGUGUCACCUGAGACCGUCCUGCUGGAGGGGGUAAUGUUUAAAGGAUUUAUUAAUUUGAUUGGAAACAGGUGGUAGAUUUAUCUCAUCAAACGCAAUUGGAAAUGCUGAUGAUUAGAAAGUUGCUCUCUCUCUCUCGCUCUCUCCCUCCCUCUGUCUCCACAGCACACCCCUGUCCCCCUGCCUAAGGAGUAUGAUGAGGACUCUCUGAUCCCCAGCAGUCCUGCUACAGAGACCUCCGACAACGUCAGCCCAGUGGCCAGCCCCAUACACACAGGGUCAGUUUACUCCCUCUACAAGACCUGUACACACUAUUACACAAAAUACUAACACAUUACAAGCAUAAUGAAUCUGCAGCUUACUUCAUAUUUCUUCCAUUCAAUGUGAUUACAUCCCUUUUACAAGGUCAUUAUGACUGUUUUGUGAUUUCGUUUGAUCAGGAUGAUGUUGAAUGAUGCACGGUUGGAUAGUUAUUCUCUCAAUAAUGGUGGUUCUCAUUGGUUGCUGUUCAGGUUCCUGGUCAGUUUCAUGGUGGAUGCCCGGGGGGGCUCCAUGCGUGGUAGCAGACACCAUGGGCUGCGUGUCAUCAUCCCCCCUCGGACCUGUGCAGCCCCCACCCGUAUCACCUGUCGUCUGGUCAAACCCCAGAAACUCACCACCCCACCCCCGCUGGUGGAGGGAGAGGGCCUGGCCAGCCGUAUCAUCUCCCUGGGGCCCUCCAGUAUGCAGUUCUUAGGGUAAGUGUAUGUGAGUGUGUGCGCUUGUGUGUGUGCGAAUGUGUGCAUAUGUACGUGUAUGUGUGCGUAUGUGUAUAUGUUUGUAUGUCUGUCAAUCGCCCUGUAUUUGAUGGAACAGUCGGGUUCUGCAUUUCACUGCCAAGUGGAGAGCGAUAGUGACUUCUUAGGAGCAAUAAUCACAAUAGAUUCUAAUAGUAAUAGCAGGGUUCUACAUUAAUGCUUGUCCUCUUUUCCGGGAAAAAAAUCACACAAAAAUUACUCUGAUCAUAAUUGGAUCAGAGAGGCAAACAUUGGAAUAAUUUUCAAAUAAAUGUUUCAUAUACAUAAAUAAAAAAGCCUACAUGUCAAAGUGUAGGUGAUAUGCAUAUUGGCUACAGCCUCAUGUCCAAACCGAUGCUGACAUGAGGGAGGCGCCAGAAAAUGUAGCCAAACUUUAAUGAGACUUUUAAUUACAUAAAUAUAGGCUAAUGUCAUGUUUUAAAAAUAUAAUGAAGGAUAAUUAACGUCUAAAGGCUUGAUUAUCGAGGCACGGUUAAUUUAGAUCAAAUGGUCACAAGACCGGAGAGUGAAGGACAGUGCCUGUUAUGUACCACACAUCACCCACCUUGAAUCUGAGUGGAGGCGGUCAGCAUUUUGAAACAAUUUAACCAUAAACGUAAUUGUUUUAUGAGGCAUAUCUUACCUUGUUUCAAAGUAGCCUAGCCUAGCCAAAAUACGACAAUAGAAAUGUUGAGGGAAUUAUUUUAUAAACACUAAAUAUGCCUUUGAAACCAGAAUUCGUUUAAUGUUUUAUUGGUUUUCAAAUCAACUUUCUUUUACUUUCAUAAUCCUAGUAACCCAUGCUAGUUGAUGCAUCUUUAGGUCUCCCCUCUUUCUUAAUUUCAAAUGGAUAUUUUCAUCUGUCACAUGAAACCGCUCGCGUGUGCGGUAAUUGCAUUUUGGAACAUUUACGCCUACAGCCAUGUGUGCAUUGUUGAGCUUAUAAUUUGAAGAAAUAAAAAUGUUAAACUAAAUGGUCUGAUGUGUUGCAUCAGCCUCAUUGCUUUAAAAAAUAUAUAUAUAUGUGCAUUGGUUGUAUGAAUUUUGGAUCUGUCAUCCCAGAACUGUCCCAGAGACUGCUUUGAAAUGUAUACAUAUUUUUUUUAUUGUCCCAGGGAUGACGGGAUGCCCUUAAUUUCGAGCCCUGGGGGGAAUUAUUUUAUAAAGACAUAACAAGUAUUUGUGACCAUCCUCUUCGAUUCGGUCUUAUGUUGCAAAAUUUGAAAUUGUGUUUUUUACAUUGGAUUCAAGUACAGACUCAGAGCUACAAAAUGGUAUAUCAUAUACUGCAGUUGAGGAACAAUGGGAAAGAAAUUCUGCUUUCAAAGUUGAUGAACUUUUAACUCCACUUUUGAGAAAACGCCCUUGAAUGUUUUGGUACACCUACUGGAGAGCUCUUCUUUGUCUACACAUAUUCAGCGUUGUUCACACCCUCUUAAGCCUUAGCCCCACCCAUCUCUUUAAGUAUUCACAUGUGAGGCCAUGUGCUAAACAGAGUGAGUAAUGUAGUGCAGUAAACAACCAAAGAUUUCAAGACUAAAAGUGGUGAAAGUAGUAGCCUGCAAUAUGGAAAAACUCCAGGUAAAAAUACACUUGAUCUAGUCCUUGGCCUAUAUCCUAAUCUGACUUUGGUGCAGGUCAUGUUGUUCUUGACAUUACCGUCUCUGGUAAACACACAUUAUAUCAAAUACGUUUAUUUGUCAUAUGCACAGGAUACAGAAGGUGUAGACGGUACAGUGAAAUGGUUAAUUGCAUAGUAGCAAUAUAGAAAAUUGAAAAUGUCCAGAUACGAAUAUUGUAUAAAUAUUUUAUAAUUAUUAGAUGAUGCUUACCUAGACACACUUGUCUAAAUUGAUAGGUCAUGUGAAAGAAAUGCUAUAACCACCACCCAGCCACAUCUAGCUAAGUGGAUGGGUCACUAUCGUCUAGACAUAAACUCUGAAAAAAAGAAAGAAACGUCCUCUCGCUGUCAACUGCGUUUAUUUUCAGCAAACUUAACAUGUGUAAAUAUUUGUAUGAACAUAACAAGAUUCAACAACUGAGACAAAAAAGUUCCACAGACAUGUGACUAACAGAAAUUGAAUAAUGUGUCCCUGAACAAAGGGGGGGGUCAAAAUCAAAAGUAACAGUCAGUAUCUGGUGUGGCCACCAGCUGCAUUAAGUACUGCAGUGCAUCUCCUCUUCAUGCACUGCACCACAUUUGCUAGUUCUUGCUGUGAGAUCCAACAGGUCCCAGACGUGCUCAAUGGGAUUGAGAUCUGGGCUCUUCGCUGGCCAUGGCAUAACACUGACAUUCCUGUCUUGCAGGAAAUCACGCACAGAACGAGCAGUAUGGCUGGUGGCAUUGUCAUGCUGGAGGGUCAUGUCAGGAUGAGCCUGCAGGAAGGGUACCACAUUAGGGAGGAGGAUGUCUUCCUUGUAACGCACAGCGUUGAGAUUGCCUGCAAUGACAACAAGCUCAGUCCGAUGAUGCUGUGACACACCGCCCCAGACCAUGAUGGACCCUCCACCUCCAAAUCGAUCCCGCUCCAGAGUACAGGCCUCGGUGUAACGCUCAUUCCUUCGACGAUAAACGCGAAUCCGACCAUCACCCCUGGUGAGACAAAACCGCGACUCGUCAGUGAAGAGCACUUUUUGCCAGUCCUGUCUGGUCCAGCGACGGUGGGUUUGUGCCCAUAGGCGACGUUGUUGCCGGUGAUGUCUGGUGAGGACCUGCCUUACAACAGGCCUACAAGCCCUCAGUCCAGCCUCUCUCAGCCUAUUGCGGACAGUCUGAGUGCUGAUGGAGGGAUUGUGCAUUCCUGGUGUAACUCGGGCAGUUGUUGCCAUCCUGUACCUGUCCCGCAGGUGUGAUGUUCGGAUGUACCGAUCCUGUGCAGGUGUUGUUACACGUGGUCUGCCACUGCGAGGGCGAUCAGCUGUCCGUCCUGUCGCCCUGUAGCGCUGUCUUAGGCGUCUCACAGUACGGACAUUGCAAUUUAUUGCCCUGGCCACAUCUGUAGUCCUCAUGCCUCCUUGCAGCAUGCCUAAGGCACGUUCACGCAGAUGAGCAGGGAUCCUGGGCAUCUUUUUUUUGGUGUUUUUCAGAGGCAGUAGAAAGGCCUCUUUAGUGUCCUAAGUUUUCAUAACUGUGACCUUAAUUGCCUACCGUCUGUAAGCUGUUAGUGUCUUAACGACCGUUCCACAGGUGCAUGUUCAUUAAUUGUUUAAGGUUCAUUGAACAGUGUUUAAACCCUUUACAAUGAAGAUUUGUGAAGUUAUUUUGAAUUUUAUGAAUUAUCUUUGAAAGACAGGGUCCUGAAAAAGUGACGUUUCUUUUUUUGCUGAGUUUAUGUUCAUGAAAUAAAAUAGAUGGCCGUAAUCACACCCAAACACACCUGGCUAACUUGAUGGUUCAUAUAAUCAUCUGGUGAAUUGGAGUCUUUUGUUUAGACAUGUAGCUAGCUAGCUAGCUAGCUAAACAAUUAACCAUAAUCCCAACCCAUACUACUAGCAAUACAAAGUGAUUGUCAUAGCUAGCCACCAUGCAUGAAAUGCUGUAGUAUGAAUCUGUAGGUAGCUAAAGCUAACCAACUAGGUUCAAUGUUAGCUAGCUACCUAACAUUAGACUAUAAUUAGCAAUACAAAUGGUUUUCUGAGAUACAAAUAAUAUUACUACACAGAUCAUACACGUAACGUUAGCUAGCGAGCCAGCAAGCUAAUGUUCUCUAGCUAGCUAACAGUACACUUUAACUUGCAAUGAAAACAACUUUCUGACAAAAUUAGAAACAUAUAAUAUCUGAAAAUAUAGCUAGACUCUUACCCGUAUACAUGGAUGAACGCUCCACGGCAGACUGGAACCCCUUUAACUCCGUUUUGUUUGUACAGCUUGUUUGGCCCGUGUUGUGUCAAAUCACUCCGAUUCAAAGUGACUGUUAUGAUGAGCUUCUAGGGUAUCAAGUAAUUAAGAAUGUUAGGACAUUUAACACUUAGCUGGGGAGUUCAUAUAAGAUAUUUAAUAUAGUACCAUGGUUCGUUAUAACAGAAGAAGGACAUAGCCCUGCCUCUGCCAUCUUCCAGAACAAAGAGCCACUCUCUCUAUAUAUACACUCUGUUACACGUUUCUUCACGAACAUCUGGUACCCAUCAGUGGGCACUCCCUUCUCUGAUGUUAUUACUCUUUACCCCCAAGUCAGUAUAUCCUGUCCAUUACUCAUUCUAAGAUCAACAUCAGUAAUCUCCUUUGACAUAAGGAAUGCAGACUCUGUGGCACCAAGCCACUUAUCCACUAACUCUAACCUACUUUCCCAUAAUACUAUAAAAACCUCAUAUCAGUGACCGUGUGCAGAAAGUAGUCACAACUUUUUCCCACUGAUCUUUGUCAAUAGCGUCUGCUAAAUUCAGGGCCGCAAUGUUGUUGAGAGCAGUAGCAACACUUUUAUAGUUUUAUCUUUCAAAAAAGCUGCGGUAGCAAGGAUUAUCUACACAUAUUGAGCAGCUCAUGUUAUAGACAGAAGCAUGCUACAUGGCAGACCAAUCCAAUCUCAUCUCUCGGCAUGUCCAGCCCAUCCAUUAUCUCAGCCAAUCAUGGCUAGCGGGAAGGUUCCUAUCUUUUUCCGUGGCUAAACCAACUAGGCUCGUAAUUUAACAAUUGUAUUCGUAUUUACAGGUGGCAUACAAGUUUGUUAUUAAGGCACAUGAACGUUCACAUGUUCCAGAGGGCAUUUCUGACAAAAAAAAAAAACGUUAAAAUGCCUCUCCUGUGAAGUAGUGACGUGCGGCAUACGCCUAGCUUCCUGUAACGGGUCACAUUUGGUUGUAACUGUAAUUUUAUAGGCUAUCAAGGGUGGCCAACCAUCCUCCAGGAGAGCCUUAAAGGGGCAGUGUUGUAUUUUGAGACAGGCUUGAAUAUGCAAAGAAGCCAAUAGGCAGAGUGUAGCCUACAUUUUUGUCUGAUUCUCUAUGGUAAAAAAGAUAGUAAUGCAUUUUAUUUAGUAUAGUGGUUCCUUGCAUCAUACAAUGAUGUAAAAAUGGUGUUACAGACCAAAUCAGUCCUACUUUUCCAAAGGACAAGUGGCAAAAAAAGUUAAUGUCAAGCCCUGAAUAGUAUAUAGAAUAGAAUGUUAAUGUAGAGGUAAUGUCUCUAUAGGCCAGUGAUAGUGGAGAUUCCCCACUUUGCUGCUCUGGGUCGAGGGGACCGGGAGCUGGUGGUUCUGCGUAGUGAGAACGGCUCUGUCUGGAAGGAGCAUCGUAAUCGCUAUGACGACGAGGUGCUGGAGACCAUUUUGAAUGGCAUGGAUGAAGGUCAGUGUAACAAUGAUAAAUGUAAUCCCCCUACAGCAAAGCCAGCUGCAUCUUCAUGCACUAUCCUGUCUAUCUAAGGACAGGCCAUGCACAUGUAACACACAUUUAAGUAGUCUACAGUAUAUAAUUUGAACAACAACGUUAUACACACAAAAACAUACUUAAUGCACAAACCUAAUCCAUACGCCCCUCUCUCUGCCGCCCCUCCCUCAGACCUAGAGAGUCACGAGGAGUUGGAGAAGAAGAGAAUCCGCCGUAUCAUCUCCACUGACUUCCCCCUCUACUUCGCUGUGGUGUCCCGCGUCCAGCAGGAGAGCGACCUAAUUGGCCCAGAGGGAGGUCAGCUGACCAGUAACCUGGUCCCUCAUGUCCAGGCCAUCUUCCCUGAGACAGCGGUCACCAAGAGAGUUCGGCUGGGGCUGCAGGUGAGGAAGAGGAUGAGGAAGAUAAAGAGGAGGGGAGAGACCAGCAGAGAUAUGUUCAGCCGUUUCAGACACCUGACCCUCCUCUGGGUUCUGUCCUGCCUUUUUAAAGAGGACUUUAUGGAAAUGCAGGUUUUCAAGCAGGAGUGAAUAUUACUUUCUGCACUGCUCUUACAAAGAGCUGUCCCAGGACUGUAUUCAAUCAAGUUUGAUUGAAUGGGACAUCUUGGCAGGUAGUUGCUCUCUUUAGCUUACUCAAUCAGUGCUGUCUGCCCUGCCAAACAAGCAAUGUUGGCACCACAGCAACAAUGGCUAAUGCAUAAAACUGACUAUGGCAUAUACACAUAGAAACUGGCACUCAGGAAUGCUGACUAACUCCAUAUACUGAAGCUGGAUUAGUUUUCUUUUUCCAUGAUUGUGUUGUUUUAUUUCUUGCUGAAUCCAUGGGUCCUAUAUCUCUUAAUUGUUUGUAUACUGUAUUUGUCAUAUAGAAUUUUAGCAUGUAUGAAAGUGUUUGCUUUGGUUCAUUGUUGUUUAAAUUUUUUUCUUUAUCCAGCCUUUCUUCACACUUCAGUUCCCUGAGCUAAAUCCUGCUACAUUGACAAAGAUGAUGAACUGAUAUUCAAAUUUGCAUGUUACUUGGUUUUACGUGUGAGUAUGAUUGUGUGCACUGUUUAUCCAUCGGUUAGAUAUACAGUAUGUUCAGGUAGGACUAUGUAUUAUGUUGUCAGAAUAUGUGUGAGUUUGUCUUAAUAAUUUUGUUAACUAUGCUCCGGAGGGCAAGUAAUGUGAUAAACGUAUUCUGUGAUAUUUUUUCCUUACAUUAUUGUUCUUAUUUUUGUCUCCCAUUUUAAUACAUAACUUGUCCUUUCUCCUUUAUCCCUUUCUCUUUUCUCUCACUCUUUCCCAUCUCCCCUCUUUCCUCUCCCUCUUCAGGCUCAGCCAAUCCCAGACGAGCUGCUGACUCGACAGCUUGGUAACCAAGCGACCUUCAGUCCAGUGGUCACGGUAGAGCCACGACGACGCAAGUUCCACCGGCCAAUCGGAUUACGUAUCCCACUCCCCCCCUCUUGGAGGGAGAGUCCACGUGACGCUGGGCAGGGGGACACCACCAGCCUGCGCCUCCUCUGCAGUGUCAUUGGUACAGUCCGGCGUAGAGUUGACUUUAUACCCUUAACAACUGUUUCAUGGCCAAUAGCGUUCAUUGCCAACAUAAGUGAGUGUUAGGACAGGGGUUAAGGUGACAGAACUAGUGCUGACCAACAGAAAGCAUCACGAGCCAAGCCAGUCAGUUUUAUUACAUUUACAUUUAGGGGGACAAAGCAGGUCUCUGAGGGGAAAGAGAGAGAAUGAGUAAGUGGAAGUGCAUAAAAAGAGAGAGAUUAAACAGUUCUUUGUUUCCCAGGUGGAACAGCGCCUGCCCAAUGGGAGGACAUCACUGGCACCACCAAGCUGAUGUACACCAACAACUGCGCCAACUUCACCACCAACGUCUCUGCAAGGUGUGUCCUAAUUCACACUCACAACAGUCAGCCAUGCACUCUCCUGUAGAGGUUAUACAAAAUGUAUGAAGCAGAACACCCGUAUACUAUUUACCCAAUGCAUAUAGCCAUUUGUAACCUCAUCCUGUGCCAAACCAUAUUGAGUUCCAUCCACUGACGCUAUGUAACACCCGAAAAUCCAUUAACUGUACUCUUUAACACAACACAGAUGCACACAAGCCACUCUCUCUAUCGACUAUCCCUCGCCCUUCUCUGUGCGUCAUCUCUCCUCUCAUCCUCUGCCCAGGUUCUGGCUGACAGACUGCCCUCGCACGGCCGAGGCGGUGACCUUCGCCAACCUGCUGUACCGGGAGCUGAUGGCCGUGCCCUAUAUGGCCAAGUUUGUGAUAUUCGCCAAAAUGAACGAGGCGCGCGAGGGUCGCCUACGCUGCUACUGCAUGACCGACGACAAGAUGGACAAAACUCUGGAGCUGCACGAGAACUUCAGCGAGGUGGCACGGAGCAGGGAUAUAGAGGUCAGCAGGGGGCAAGGGUCAGGGGUCAGGGGAGAGGGGUUUAGUGUGUGUAUCAGUAGGUUCUACUGUCUUUUAAAUAUGUUCACAUAACUCAGACAUUUGUUUAAAUAAUCCAUUGAAGUCAAUGGAAGAUUUUUCUCCCCUGACUCUCCUUCGACCCCUAAGGUGAUGGAGGGCAUGCCGUUGCACCUGGAGUGCUCUGGGAACCUGGUGCCUGUGAGGAAGGCCACUCAGCAGCCACGUAGCUUCAGCUUCCAAGCCUUCAGAGAUAACAGACUGCCUGUCUCGGUCAAGGUCCGUCUCCCACUCAUUCUCUAUAUUUUCCCAUAGGAAUUGUGAUUGUCGAUUUAAUGGAAAUGUCCAUCUGUCAGUCAGUCUGUUUUAUUGCUUCCAGGACAUGUCAGUCUGUCAAACUGUCUGUUUAUGUAUUUAACAUGUUAGUCAGACAGGUUUUGUGAAUCAACAGUCGGUCGGUCGACAGUCAGUCGGUCUUUCGAUCCAGUCUACAUGUCUGUGUCUCCAUCUGUCCCGUCCAUCUAUCUCUUUACCUUUUUAUAUGUUCAUUACAAUCAUUGUGUACCUUCGCCCAUCUCUAUCACUCCAUCUCUCCAGCUGUUUCAAAUCUUGCGAUUUUGAAAUAUAUUUUCAGUCUAUCUUUCUCUUCUUGUUUAACUGUGUUGAGUUCCAACCAACACUUCUCUAUCACAUACACCAUGUCUCUCUAUCUGUGUGGCUGUCUGUGUUUCUCUCCAUUUGUGUGUCUGUAGUUUGUUUCUGUGUGUUUGUCUACCAAUAUAUCUGUCUGUGUCAUCUGUAUGUCUGUCUGUGUGGCUUUGAGUGUGUGUGACGUGCGCUUCAGUCUCAGUCAGUCUCAGACGAGUGUUUUGUGAAGUAUUCUCCACAGUGGUGUACCUACCUACUCUCCCUAGAUGUAACUGUGUGCACGUCCUUUAACUCUUUCACCUUCUUGCCUGCCUGCCAAUCUUGCGGCCUGCCUGUCUGUAUGUCUGUCUCACUGUCUCUCUUUCUUUCUCUCACGGUCUCUGUUACUGUCUGAUCUGACAGACGCCCAGGUAAAUGUGCAGGUAAAUCUCUCUCUCUCGCCUGCCUAUGGACUGCUUCCAUCCCUUCCCCCCUGUGUUUCUGCUCGACAGACCCACCACACUGCAGGUUGUCUAAUUCCCCCUUUGCUCUGUUCUUCUUCCCCCUCGCUUUUUUCCCCCCAUUCUUUUUCACCCCUCCUCUUUAUCCUUCAUAUCUGUUCCUCUUACCUCUUCUUACCUCUGUCAUUCUCUCGUGUCUCUCCUCCUCGAAUCCACCUCUUCUGGUUUUCUCUAUCUAUCUUUCUAUCUUUCUUUCUUUCUUUCUUUCUUUCUUUCUUUCUUUCUUUCUUUCAUUCAGGUCAGAGACAGCAAUAAGGAGGCCUCUGGGUUCCUUUCUUUCCUACGGAAGUCUACCAAGUAUGAGGACUCUCAGCAUGUGCUGUGUAACCUCAACAUCACCAUGCCACCCUGUGUCAAGGUAAACACUCAUGAAUAUACACACACACACAUACAUACAUACUGUACAUACAAACGCACGCCAAACCACUCGCUCACAUUCAGAAUUCCCACGUAGUGACUCUCAAACAUACUUAGAACCACUCAUAUACAUGUAUCUCUCUCUCACAAACAGUCUCUCAUACAGUGAGGGAAAAAAGUAUUUGAUCCCCUGCUGAUUUUGUAUGUUUGCCCACUGACAAAGAUUUGAUCAGCCUAUAAUUUUAAUGGUAGGUUUAUUUGAACAGUGAGAGACUGAAUAACAACAAAAAAAUCCAGAAAAACGCAUGUCAGAAAUGUUAUAAGUUGAUUUGCAUUUUAAUGAGGGAAAUAAGUAUUUGACCCCUCUGCAAAACAUGACUUAGUACUUGGUGGCAAAACCCUUGUUGACAAUCACAGAGGUUAGACAUUUCUUGUAGUUGACCACCAGGUUUGCACACAUCUCAGGAGGGAUUUUGUCCCACUCCUCUUUGCAGAUCUUCUCCAAGUCAUUAAGGUUUUGAGGCUGACGUUUGGCAACUCGAACCUUCAGCUCCCUCCACAGAUGUUCUAUGGGAUUAAGGUCUGGAGACUGGCUAGGCCACUCCAGGACCUUAAUGUGCUUCUUCUUUAGCCACUCCUUUGUUGCCUUGGCUGUGUGUUUGGGGUCAUUUUCAUGCUGGAAUACACAUCCACGACCCAGGUUCUCACCCAAGAUUUGACGGUACAUGGCCCCGUCCAUCAUCCCUUUGAUGCGGUGAAGUUGUCCUGUCCCCUUAGCAGAGAAACACCCCCAAAGCAUAAUGUUUCCACCUCCAUGUUUGACGGUGGGGAUGGUGUUCUUGGGGUCAUAGGCAGCAUUUCUCCUUCUCCAAACACGGCGAGUUGAGUUGAUGCCAAAGAGCUCGAUUUUGGUCUCAUCUGACCACAACACUUUCACCCAGUUCUCCUCUGAAUCAUUCAGAUGUUCAUUGGCAAACUUCAGACGGCCCUGUAUAUGUGCUUUCUUGAGCAGGGGGACCUUGCGGGCGCUGCAGGAUUUCAGUCCUUCACGGCAUAGUGUGUUACCAAUUGUUUUCUUGGUGACUAUGGUCCCAGCUGCCUUGAGAUCAUUGACAAGAUCCUCCCUUGUAGUUCUGGGCUGAUUCCUCACCAUUCUCAUGAUCAUUGCAACUCCACGAGGUGAGAUCUUGCAUGGAGCCCCAGGCCGAGGGAGAUUGAUAGUUAUUUUGUGUUUCUUCCAUUUGCAAAUAAUCGUACCAACUGUUGUCACCUUCUCACCAAGCUGCUUGGCGAUGGUCUUGUAGCCCAUUCCAGCCUUGUGUAGGUCUACAAUCUUGUCCCUGACAUCCUUGGAGAGCUCUUUGGUCUUGGCCAUGGUGGAGAGUUUGGAAUCUGAUUGAUUGAUUGCUUCUGUGGACAGGUGUCUUUUAUACAGGUAACAAGCUGAGAUUAGGAGCACUCCCUUUAAGAGUGUGCUCCUAAUUUCAGAUCGUUACAUUUUUACAUUUACAUUUUAGUCAUUUAGCAGACGCUCUUAUCCAGAGCGACUUACAGUUAGUGAGUGCAUACAUUUUUUCAUACUGGCCCCCCGUGAGAAUCGAACCCACAACCCUGGCGUUGCAAAUGCCAUGCUCUACCAACUGAGCUACACGGGGCCCUGUAUAAAAGACACCUGGGAGCCAGAAAUCUUUCUGAUUGAGAGGGGGUCAAAUACUUAUUUCCCUCAUUAAAAUGCAAAUCAAUUUAUAACAUUUUUGACAUGUGUUUUUCAAGAUUUUUUGUUGUUAUUCUGUCUCUCACAGUUCAAAUAAUCCUACCAUUAAAAUUAUAGACUGAUCAUUUCUUUGUCAGUGGGCAAACGUACAAAAUCAACAGGGGAUCAAAUAGUUUUUUCCCUCACUGUACACCCACUAAACUACUCACAUGCAACCUCUUUCAACCCUUCUAAACCACUCUCCACUACCAACAUUACACACUCACAACCCCUCUUAACCUUGCCAAUACAGAAAUAUAUUACUUCCGUUCUACAUUAGCAGAUAUGAUUACAGUCAUUAAUUUAAUGGAAAUUAUGAAUGGGGUGUUUUUCUGCUUUAAUGUUGCUGCCGGUUGAUUGGUUCUGUCUGCACCUUCCUCAGCUGAUGAAUGAUCAGUUGAACUUUGAAGGCUUAAAAAAGACCAACAUGAAAUACAGACUGUAAGAGAUACCGUAUCCAAAGAGAGUUUUAAAAGCAAAGAUUAACCGAAUAUUUAGAUGCUCUGCUACAAGUUCCACCAUCCCAGUGCUAUUUUAAGCAAUUUUUUAACAUCUCAAAUUCAGUUUUAUUUCCACUAAGAUAGUACAGUACAAAGUAAUAGUCACAAAAGCAGCAUAGAUACAAGAAACCUAAUUCAAACAUGUCCUUAGACAACCUUGGAAGAAGUUGCUUGUAUUUCAGAGAUAGUAGCCAUAUUUAGUCAGUUAUAUGUGUGUGCUUUUGAGACUGUGUCCCUUGUGUGUGGUCCAGGUUGUGGGGAGUGAGGAGCGCAGGCGAACUCUGACCCCGUUGGCCCUGAGGGAGCGCUACAGCGCGCUGAACGAGCCCGGUCUGGGUAAGUCAUACCAUGCCUGUUCAGAAGCCCUCUCCCCGCUAUACAGGAGGAGACAGAGCCUGAAUGUUGCACCCCUUCUCCCCUGCUUCCCAGUCUACUACUCUCUCUAUCUCGUGCACGCAUGAGCCUUGGAUGCACUGCUCUACUACGCCCCAUAAUACACAGCAGUGUGAUGAUGGCGCCAUAUUGAUUAUGUGCCAAAGAUUAGCUAAUACGUACACAUCCAAACAGCUCCAUGGAAAACUAUAACCCUUCCAGAGUUCUGGUAACAUUAGUACUGAAUGACCUGUUAUGGUUUGCAUGGCGCUGGUGCUGGUCGCUCCACUGCGAGUCCUGUUAGCAUGGCGGAUAUUUAGCAUUUAGCUUAGUGCUGGGAAUGGGCGGGUCCUCGCAGUGGAGCCAGACAGAGGAGCCCUCUGUUUGGCCCAUGGUAGAUGAGCGAAGAAAGGAAGGAGUGCUCAUUGGUUACAUGGUGAAAAUGAGGGCAGGGCCUUUUCUGUCUAUCUAAGCACAGCGCUGCUGCCUUGCACCCCAGUUCCCCAUGAUUAUGUUGCCCUAACAGAAUGGACUGGUGUCUGAAUGAAUGCCUCCAAUACUCUACCUACCUCUAAACUACCCUGCCUAUAGUCUGCUAACACACAUGGAUCGUAUUGGCAAAAACACUAUACUCUGUGGGUAAUGUGUCAAGGUAAGUUUGCUAUUAUCUCUUUUAAUAGCAACUGAUUUUAGUGGGUUUGAUAUGUUGGGUAUUUUGGUGGUUAGUUUGGUCUCCUUUAUUGAGUAACAUGGAAAAUUGUGUAAAAAUGUUAGUUGUUGUGCUAUACUGUUUAUCCAGUUUACGGUGUUCAGUUCUGUAGUCGGGUUUGAGUAAUUAAUUUGCAGUAGACGUUCUGAGUCAGACACAGUUGUACUUUGACUGUGUAAAGUAUAUUUAGUUCUGAGACUGUUCUGUUUCUGAAUUUGUAUUUUUUUUUUACAGUGAAUGCCAUGGAGAGGACCGAGCUCAAGAUCUCCCUCAUAUCUGAACAGCUGGGCUUGAGCUGGGCAGGUCAGUGCUCCUGUACAUGAGUGCCUACUGUAUACAGUCUACUAUAUGUGGUCAAAUAAACGUAAAUAUGGAUAUGAUUUACUUAAUUAUUUAUUCUCUCUCUCAGAGUUGGCACGGGAGCUACAUUUUGGUGUGGAUGACGUUAACAGGAUCAGGGUGGAGAAUCCUAACUCGCUCCUGGACCAGAGUUCAGCCCUGCUCAAUCUGUGGGCCGGCCGAGAGGGCAAGAGGGCCAAGAGUGAGUCUGUCUGUCUGUCUGGCUGGCUGUCUCUGUCUGGCUGGCUGGCUGUCUCUCUGUCUGUUUGUCUGUCUGUCUCUCUGAGUCUGUGUCUUACUACAGUCCCCCAGCACAAUUCUCUGCAUUCCUUUCCUUAUUUUCUGCCCCCUCUCUCUCUCCUUUCCUCUUUCCCUCUGUCAGUGGAGAGUCUGUAUGGGGCUCUGAAAAACAUUGACCGUUCAGACAUUGUGAGUUCAGUGGAGGGCCAGCCACAGGCAGAGGCCGGGGCCUCAGAGGAGGGGGCCUGCAGACUGGCCGACCGCGACUCCACCCUGCUCUCCCCCAGUGUUAUCAAUGGUAAGAGACACAUACACAGAGAUGUGCACGCACGCGCACACACACACACACACACAUACAGUUGCACUCACACACACACUCACACACACACACACAUUCCAUCAAUGUAAUCAGUAGUAUGAAAAUACCAUACCUGCCCCUAGUAAUGUCAAUGGUGAAAACAAGAUCAAUGAGAAGACCAAUACUCUUCCCAAGUGUAUGGGUAACACAGAUUGAACCUUAUCUCUGUUGCUCCACAAGAGAUCACGGACACAGGUCAUCCACCUGUAGUCUACAAGCCACGAGUUAUUAGGCACCCAUUUUUCAGAAGGGGUAAGUGGGCUGCAUGGUUGAUUUCUUCUGAUGAUUCUCAAAGGAUUUUGAGUCACGUCUGAGGGAUGGUGCGAUUUCCACCAUAACCCAGUGAUAUGUGAGCAUGUAAUGUGAGCAUUUCCUUACUGCAUUUUGGUGACAACCAUCAUUUCAGUUUCACUGUUCUGACACCUCAUGCUUUAGGCCUGAACAUGAUGGUUCUCACAUGACAUCAUAGGAGAUAUGAGGAUAAAACCUCAAAUAAACACAACUUGAAGACAGAUGUCAUUUGAAAUGACAGUUCUACACAUUGAGUUAAUUAGGACAGACUAAAAUAUACAUUUUACCUCUGUGUUUAAGUUUUAGUCUAGUAUAUGGAUGAGUCGGAUGUAUGUGUGUGUGUGCGCACGUGGGGGGGUGGAUGAACACUAAGUGGCACUAGUACACAGUUUGUGUGCUCUGGGCCUCCAUACCUUGCUCCUUUGUUAUUCCCCUCUGUCUCUCCUAGAUCUGUCCCUCUUUCUCUCUUUCUCUCUGUGUCUGUGACAUGUCAUAUCUGCUACCCAGCCGCCCUUCUCUUCCUCCUCCUCACAGCUCUUCCUCUCCGACCUCUGACCUCAUAUUGACCUCAUGUUGACCUCUGGGCCUCUCCUCUCUCCUGUCAUCUUAUUUUCCCGUGCUCCCGUGUUCAGUCGAGCGGGGACCCUCUCCUCCUCUCUCGAUGUAGAUCUGUGUCUAUGCAUGUGCAUGCUGCCUGCCUCGCUGUUCCUCUCUCUGUGGCUCGCAUCAGCGAAAAGUGUCUUUCUCUAGGUCUGGGAGGGUCAGUGUUGAGGUGGGGUGGAGGGGUAUCAAAAUAAAGGUCUUGCUAUCAAAAUAAAAGUUUGAUGUUUUGGAAUAAGAACUAUGUAUUUGCAUGGCAUGCUUUCUUUAUGACUAUUUCCUUAUGCGUAUUUUACUUUUUCUUGUUUCUCUGCUUUUUGUCGAACUUAAAUGCUGUAUUAACUCCUUAAAUCUCAAUGGGUUUUCUGUGAAUUCUAUGGUGUUGGUUUUAUGCUAGGCUGUAACCCAUGGUUGAUCGAACAGCACAUAAUUUUCUCAAAAUAAUGUAGCUGUGACAUGACAGCUUUGUCAUUAAGACAAUCUUGUCGUAAUGUUACAGAUACAUUGUUAGAAUGUUAUGUACCAGCUAGUGUGUUCGAUGGUGUGGUGUGGUGGAGUGUGUGUUCCUGGGUGUGUGUGUUCGUACAGUGACCUGUGAACUGUCGGUGUGUUUUUAUGUGUCUCUGUAUGUUUGCGUGUGUGUUGUUCAUAGGUGGAUAGUGCUGUGCAUUGUAUUGUGAGUUUGUGUGUUUGUAGAUUGACAAUCUAUGUGGAGUUGUUGUGCUUCACUAUGUGUUGUAAUGUUAGUUUUACACUUUUGUCUUUAAAUUGGGAGGUACAGUAAGGACUAACCCAGAUAAACCAUUAUCAUUCCAACUCAUUUGUUCAACAUCCGUUUAAUUCAAAACACAUCUAUACUCCUCAUCAUCCUCACCUCUACUGUCUCUGUACUGUACCAUCACUAUACCAUCCCAGAGACACACAUUCACACUCACAUACACUAACACGCACACUAACAGACUUUUACAGUUACACUAUUCUCCAUAGGCAUCACCACUCUGAAAGAAAUAAAGCCAAACUUCAUUCAUUAGUCCAGUGUCCAUGAACACUUCAGUUCCUUCUCCAACUUAUUACCACAUUACAACAUACUCAUUACCACCUACAACACAGACUCUCAAGAGAUAAAUAUACAAAGAAGUCACACCGAAUGAUUAAUUAACAGUAAUUUCGAUCCGAAUGUGCAUAUUGUCCAAACAGAUACGCAAGGUACAGUGGGGGAAAAAAGUAUUUAGUCAGCCACCAAUUGUGCAAGUUCUCCCACUUAAAAAGAUGAGAGAGGCCUGUAAUUUUCAUCAUAGGUACACGUCAACUAUGACAGACAAAAUGAGAUUUUUUUCCCCAGAUAAUCUCAUUGUAGGAUUUUUUAUGAUUUUAUUUGCAAAUGAUGGUGGAAAAUAAGUAUUUGGUCAAUAACAAAUGUUUCUCAAUACUUUGUUAUUUACCCUUUGUUGGCAAUGACACAGGUCAAACGUUUUCUGUAAGUCUUCACAAGGUUUUCACACACUGUUGCUGGUAUUUUGGCCCAUUCCUCCAUGCAGAUCUCCUCUAGAGCAGUGAUGUUUUGGGGCUGUCGCUGGGCAAAACGGACUUUCAACUCCCUCCAAAGAUUUUCUAUGGGGCUGAGAUCUGGAGACUGGCUAGGCCACUCCAGGACCUUGAAAUGCUUCUUAUGAAGCCACUCUUUCAUUGCCCGGGCGGUGUGUUUGGGAUCAUUGUCAUGCUGAAAGACCCAGCCACGUUUCAUCUUCAAUGCCCUUGCUGAUGGAAGGAGGUUUUCACUCAAAAUCUCACGAUACAUGGCCCCAUUCAUUCUUUCCUUUACACGGAUCAGUCGUCCUGGUCCCUUUGCAGAAAAACAGCCCCAAAGCAUGAUGUUUCCACCCCCAUGCUUCACAGUAGGUAUGGUGUUCUUUGGAUGCAACUCAGCAUUCUUUGUCCUCCAAACACGACGAGUUGAGUUUUUACCAAAAAGUUAUAUUUUGGUUUCAUCUGACCAUAUGACAUUCUCCCAAUCCUCUUCUGGAUCAUUCAAAUGCACUCUAGCAAACUUCAGACGGGCCUGGACAUGUACUGGCUUAAGCAGGGGGACACGUCUGGCACUGCAGGAUUUGAGUCCCUGGCGGCGUAGUGUGUUACUGAUGGUAGGCUUUGUUACUUUGGUCCCAGCUCUCUGCAGGUCAUUCACUAGGUCCCCCCGUGUGGUUCUGGGAUUUUUGCUCACCGUUCUUGUGAUCAUUUUGACCCCACGGGGUGAGAUCUUGCGUGGAGCCCCAGAUCGAGGGAGAUUAUCAGUGGUCUUGUAUGUCUUCCAUUUCCUAAUAAUUGCUCCCACAGUUGAUUUCUUCAAACCAAGCUGCUUACCUAUUGCAGAUUCAGUCUUCCCAGCCUGGUGCAGGUCUACAAUUUUGUUUCUGGUGUCCUUUGACAGCUCUUUGGUCUUGGCCAUAGUGGAGUUUGGAGUGUGACUGUUUGAGGUUGUGGACAGGUGUCUUUUAUACUGAUAACAAGUUCAAACAGGUGCCAUUAAUACAGGUAACGAGUGGAGGACAGAGGAGCCUCUUAAAGAAGAAGUUACAGGUCUGUGAGAGCCAGAAAUCUUGCUUGUUUGUAGGUGACCAAAUAAUUAUUUUCCACCAUCAUUUGCAAAUAAAUUCAUUAAAAAUCCUACAAUGUGAUGUUCUGGAAUUUUUUUCCUCAAUUUGUCUGUCAUAGUUGACGUGUACCUAUGAUGAAAAUUACAGGCCUCUCAUCUUUUUAAGUGGGAGAACUUGCACAAUUGGUGGCUGACUAAAUACUUUUUUCCCCCCACUGUGUGUAUAUAUAUAUAUAUAUAUAUAUAUAUAUAUAAUUUGCGAGAAAAAAACACAUAUGGGGGAUUGGAAGUGAUGCAGACAAUUACAUUGAUGGAAGUUACAAUCUAUCUGAAAUAUUAAAGCUGAUCUACCCCCUAAAAAAAUUAACAAAUAAAAAAGUCACACCGAAAUGCUUUUAAGAUGGACAGAACAGAGAAAGACAACCAUGAUGAUAGGAGACGGACAGACACACAGACAGGAACUUACGAGCUGAAAUAUGGGCUCUAUUUACAUCUUUGCCUAGAAUUAGAAACUCAAAUAAAAGCAUAUUUAUACAGACAUAUAGAUCAGUAAAUCUAACUAAUUUCACAACAUAAACCUAUUUUUGGAAGAUGUUCUGGUAAAAUUGUGUUUGUAUAUGUUCAGUAUGUGUGUGUAUGAGUUCUCUGAGUGUGUGUUGAAUGUGUGUGUCCUGUUUGAGUAUGUAUUAUGUGUGUGUGUGCCUGUGUGUGUGCACUUGUGCGUGAGUGCAAGUGCAAGUAACUUGUAAUUUUCUCAGCAGAAUCUGCAGCUUCCUGACCCUCUCACUUGUGAUUUGGUUUGGAACAAUAAUGGAAUUUUGUAUCUCAUUGAUAAUAGUAUCAAAAUUUAAAUGUAUUUAUCAAGAUAAUAGAUAUUGAAGAGGCACUAUAUCAGGAAGGUGGACAUGUUUAAAUGUAAAUGUUGUUGCCAAUAGCUAAUUGAGAACAAUGAAAAUGAUAUUGCAAUUAACACUGGACACACUUUAAUUCAAUAUUACAGGUAUCAUUGAACAUGCGUAUCAUGAUAAUUUGGUAGUAUUGAUUAUCGUGCCAACCCAACUGACCCCAAACACCCCACUCACCUGCUCUCUAUUCCUAUCUUGGAUUACAGUUUCAACUGCAACUGCGCUUUCUUACUUAUUAAGAAACCCUUCUAACACUUCACCCCUUUCCCACAGACAAUGGACAAGACUCCAUUUCUAACCCCGUAUUCCCUAUAUAAGACCUGCUACUCUCAGGGUGAAAAUCAAGCUGUGUCCCAAUACUGUAAAACUGCUUCCUUCCAUGCAUCCUCUCCAUCAGAACCACUGACAGAUCACUAGAUCAGUGGUCUGCAAAAUCAGUGUUUUUCAUGGAAAGUGAGACAAUGCAAGACUAAACACUGGGAAAGAGAUUUUUUCAGUACUACCGAUUCCAAGAAUGUGCCAGUGAGUGUGUGUGCCUCCUUGGAACUGGAAGUGGUGAAAACAAAUCUAGUCACUUUCUCUUUCCCAGCAUAUUGUGACACAGGACUGAGCCCCACUGUUUCCUAUAGGGCUGAGAAACAGUCCCACUACUCCCACAUCCCUCCCCUCCCCUAACUCCCCCAUAUCUGUGCCUGCGUGGUGUUAGUCUCCCUCUCUCUUUAUCUCACCUCCCUCCCAGGUUACGGGCUGGUGCAGGAGGAGCUGCUCUCCCCGGCCUCCAUGCUGUACAGCCUGCCCUCUCCGCUGGGCGCUGAGCCCUACUGGCAGGAGGUCUCCAGCCUGGAGUGUGCCCCAAUCGCCACCACCGAAGAAGACAUCCUGAUGGAGAUGUCUGACGUGCAGGUGUGGCCCUCGGGUGUCAGCCCCUCCCUGGUCACAGUGGAGGACUCAUCCCUGGAUGGCAGCAGCCGGGCUGACGACUCAGAGGGGGCCACCCUGUCCCUGCCCUUCAGCCUGGGGCGCCCCAGCAGUGGGGCCAGCGGGGCCAGUGGCUCCAUCAUGGAGCUGGAGGAAGAGGAAGGGGAGGUAGAGGAGAUGCGACAGGAGCCGGCGGACAGGGACAGGGUGAGGGCCAGCGGCGCCGUGCCAAAGGUCAACCUGAAUGGCCAGCUGGGAGGUCAGAGGUCGGAGGGCAGGAGGGUGGAGGUAGCAGCGUCAGUGGCGGGCAGCAGUGUGACUGGAGGAGGAGGAGUAGGGCAGAGUUCAGAGGAAGGGCUUUCUGUUGUUUCAGGACAGCAGGUCUACGCCCAGCUGUGUGAGAUGUCAGGACUGAGCCGAACCAUGGAGCACAACGGAGACAACAGGUGAGACUAACUCAGGGGUUCAGACUGGUCAGGUCAGACAGUCCUGCUCUCAACCUUAUUCUCUGUAUGUGUGUACUAAAUCCAUACUCAAUACUCAAUCCAUUAAUCCAUUAGGACAUUCUCUUUUCGUGUAUUUUGUCUGUCUGUCUUGUUCUCUUUCCUACUCGCACCUCUGUCUCUUUUGCUCUGUCUGUCUGCUCCUCUGUCCACUCCGUCUCUCUGUCCCUGUCUCCCUCUCCCCGUCUCUCUCAGGGUGGUGGGAGGCGGUGCAUUCCAGCCGUACCUACCCGACAAGGACUCCCUGCAUGGCUGGGCGGGGUCGCAGACACCCAGGCUUCCCCGGCAGAGUGUGGAGACGCUGAUGAUGUUACCGGGGUCACGCGUAGCCCAGGAGGCUCUCUUGACGCCGGUGUGUGACAUGGGGCAUGCUGUGCAGGCAACUGUUUGGCACGCAGCCCUUUGACAAGGGGCUGGGCUUCUUUCAUCAGGAGGCGGGGCCCCGGGCCUGGGAGCAGGAGCGGAGGCGGGGCCAGGUCAGGUUUUCACGCCGACUGACCACCUGCUGCUUCCUGUGCCUGGAGGAGGGACUUCCUGUCCAUGCCUGCGAUAGAUAGGAAAAUCUUUUAAUUUGGUUUUAAUCAUGAAAAUUCCAACCAUCAAAAUAUUUUUGAUGUUAUGUUUUUGAUGUAUCAUCACCUGAAAUUAGGUUAAUGGGGCAAAGUUGUGUUGUGUGGUUUGUAAACCUGUGUCCUAAUGUCAUUUUGUUAAUUUCAUGUGUUAUAUCCUGAUGUUUUGACACAGAUUAAUGUUGAUAAAGAGGACUAUGCUGUUGAGUUUCUGGCUGAGGAG